CAUUUAUUUGGCAAUCAUUGCUAAUAAGUUGCUGAGUCGAGAGAGGAUACACAUGACUGUUGAUGACGAUAAAAUGAGUUUGUAAACAAAAACUGACACAGGCAAUAACGAAAUUUUUAUUUCCCAUCCACUUUUGCAAUGGAUAUUGCUAAAGCGAUGUUUGGAGACCAUACAAAUGAGGGUUAUAGCAGUAAAGCCAGAGAAGGUAAUUUGUUUUGAUAGCUGCAUAAAAAAAUAGCAGUCGCCUAACUAACCAAAAAGAAAAAAAAAAACACGGUAACUAAGUCUAUUUUAAGGUAAGUUUAUGUCUUAGUCUUGGUCAAAACAGCCAAUUAACUGGGCCUUCAAACAGUGUUUCUUGUGUACAACAAAAAAUAAAUUACAGAAUGAUAAUAAUAAUAAUGUAUUAAUUAAAAAAAAACGUGUGCCUUUCACUUUCACCAUUGCCAUUACAAUUUCAAUUAGUCGAACCAAUGAAACUAGUAAAUAUAUUAUAUAUAAUUAUAAUAUUUGAUGAUCAUAUAUUUAAGUAAGUUAGUAAGGCUAAUCUCAUUUGAAUUAUAAGUAUCACACUGCUGUUCCAAAAAUUGGCCACUCCUCAUUAUAAACCAAAGUUUCCUUCUUGUUGUUCACAAGUUUUGAUACUUUAAUUACUUUUUUUUUACAAAUUCACAAGUUUAACUCUUUCUCUCCGGAACAACGCUCCCAUCGUCGAUUUGAAAUGAAGAUUUUGCCGUGCCGUAUCGACGAUGGCAUCAUCAAUGUAUAAAAACCUGUUUAUUUCGACUCUCUUUUCUUAGCUAUUGGAUUUUAGUUAUUUAAAAUCAAUUCCGGAAUGAUUUCCCUUUGUAUCAACAUUCUGUUUAUCGGUGUUUGAAAUAAGUUUUGCAGAGAACGAAGUGUUUGAAGUGGUUGUUAUGAUUUUCCAUUUUAUUUUUGUUUACAAACAUGAAAUUUUGAACUGACCCAUCUGGUGAUCGAUCUAAUAAAGGUUGAAAAUAUUACUCGUAUGAUGAUUCAGACAGUGAUUUUAUUAUUUCAAAUGCAGAAGCGGAUUCCUUUGAAUAGUAUGAUUAUAAUCCUAGUACUAGUAUUAGUAGUACUAGUGACGAAAUAAUGAAAUUGGUAAUUCAUCAGCUGAUGAACAACCAGCACAUCCCCCAGCUAAAGUGCACAUCGAUAUGAAUUGUUUUUAAGCUUACCAUAGCUAAAUACAGAUGAAAAGAUAUGACAAAUGUAUGGUAAAUGUUCCAUUUACCAUUAUAAAUGUUAGUACAUACAAGAAUACAUUGCAAAUACAUUAUAUAAUAUUUUAUAAUGGCAACAAAUUGUUUCCAGUGGCAGUGGAAAUAGUUAAAUUUUGUUCGCAAAUUUUAUUGUGUGACGGUGACAAUGGAUAAGUGCUCUGAGGUUUAAUUUGAUUCGUUUUUUAAGUUGAUCUUUAUUAUUUGUGAUGCACAUAAGGAUAUAGUUCAGAAAAAAAUAUUUUUGUUACAUUUUGGAUUAUAUAUUAUAAAUAUAUUUCUCCUCGUGUGACUUGGAAUGAGCGUUUUGUGAACAGUUGGUAAGUUUUUUAUUUUUAUUUUUCUGAAAUGAUAAUCACAUAUAUAUAUUAAAAUGUAAACCCAACUCUUGUUUGCUUGUAAAGUGCAUACAUUCUCCUUUAAUUACAUGCCAAACUUAGCACUUUCUGAUGAAAAACAAAAAAGUUAUGAAGAUUUAGAGACAACAUAGUAAUGUGUUACAAAAAUGCAAAAUUGAUAAUUCCGGAGAGAAAGAGUUUAAGACUUUAUUAACAAGACUAAUAACACAGUAUUAGUAAUUAAACUACCAUGACCUUUGAUCAAUAUAAAGUUCUUUAAUUUCAAUAUGCUUGGAUAACAAAAUUAAAAAUUCAAGAAAAUUUUAUGUAGAUGACUGGUGAGUGACUGACAGUUUUAAUUGGUUUAUUUAGAAACUUAAGAAAAUCAGGUCCUGAGAACUAUAGCACUAUUGGUCCUAAGAGUGUGGUACAAGCAUUGAAUGUGAAACACAAUGCCAAAGAAAGAGGCUGGAGAAAAAAGACCAUAUCUGAAAAGAUACAUAUAUAGUACAAGUUAUUUACAGUGACAAGACAUACAAGUAUUAUUAACUAACAAUACACAUGGUGGAUAAUGGGAUAUCUAAUGGUUCACAGUUUAUCUAAAGUAUGGCAACCAUUCAAUAAACAUGUGGGAUAACGCUGUAUUUUACUGGUUAUUCAUGUAGCAUUAAACUCGUAGAAACCACAUGAGCAGCCAAGCGGCACAUAAAAUAAUCCGAUAAUAAUAUGUCAUCAUCACCAAAGUUAUAUUGUAGGGCUUAGCUGAUAUGAGAGGUAUAGAGUAAGGCGCCCUGAAUCUACUUAAGUUGCGAGGGCGUCCAGUAAAUUGUCAAUAUAGUUAAGUUCACAAACAUCCUGUUCCUAUAAUAAGCACUGAGACCCUGAGGUACUCAAAUGAUGAAGAUAACAAUACUUUUCUAGAUACUUGACUCUCACCAUUACGCAUGGUGGUAUGUCAAACCCGAGCAAUACAAAUACAAUAUUGCUAAUUGGAUACUGGUGUACCCAUGGGUCUGUAAAAGACAUGGCGUGUUGCCGUAUGUUGAACUAAGGCGAUAUCACGAAGGGCGACAUUCAUCAGCGUGACGGUAAACACUACUUAACAUGGUCAGUAUUGAACAGGAAUCAACCAUUACAAUGAUAUGAUAAAAUAUACUCUACAACAUCAUGAUAUAAAAUUAGCAUAACUACUGACAGAGUGAAAGAUAAAAACCUAAUGUAGCAAUUAUAAAUGCCUAAAUGAUCGGGUUAUAUCGAAUCUACCUUAUCUAGCCAAUCCAUGGCCAUUAUGAUGUUUGCGUCACAAGUUGGUCCUAGGUAAAACACGGGGCAGGCAUGCUCCAUCAGGUGUGUGAGUCACCAAUAAAGUUUUAUAACCCAGCGCACACCGGUGUAAUACUUUUUAAAGUUCAAUGUUUGUGAACUUGCCCAGGAUGAACAGUGACAUCAGUAACACUCUUAUAGAUAAAACACUGUUACAUAUACAAAUAUAAAAACAUUAUCUGUUUUCAUGUGAAAACAUAGUCCGUUACAAUUGUAUAGAGCAAACUUUAAAUUAGCAAAAUCAAAAUCAACUUUAUAGCUUUAGUACUUUUUAGCACUUUGUAGCUAUGAAUUUUUGUAAUGCAAGUUCAUUUUUAAUUUUUAAAUUCAUAAUAAAACAGUCACCCAAAGAGUUGUCUAUCAUAAAAAAGCUACACAGUUAUGGACUUAUUCUACAGUUACCUGCUGGUGUGGGAAUUAAAAGUCUGUAAUCAAACUCGAUUAAAUUGACUAAUCAAGAAAGUAAAUAAUAUCAACCAAACUUAACAUCCUUCAUUUGAAGAAAAAUGCUGAAAAACUAAAAGAAGGGUAAAUCUGCACCAUGUUUUUGCACAAAUUCUCAACGGCCAUCAUGAUAGCAGACAUGUCACUGCUUGAAAGGCGGAGGUUGUGAAAAAAAAACGAAGGAGUGCAAAACAAAUCUAAAACGCUGUGUUUGAAGCGUCCGCAGCCGACCCUCCCAGGGAGUCGGAAUGGUACAUUAACGUCCUAAUAUCUUCACCCACUUCUCGGGGAAGCAUCAGCGCCCUUUAAGAGGGGUUUUUCAGUGGGUUUCCACCCCACAACUAGUUUGCGAAGUAGUUCGGAUGAAAUGUUUGUCUAGGGGCAGCUUUCUCAGAGCUGCGGCUUUCUCAGAGCUGCGUAUUUAGAAUCAUAGGCCAAUGGCUUCAACCUUAGCUUCUUGCCUCAUAUCCAUUAGCGGCAACUUGUAAUCAUGAUUAUUACCCUGUCUCUGCCUUUACUUCCAACUGUAAAAUGUCACAGUUGUCAGCCCUGUAGGUGCUGUUUUUAUUCCAGUAGAUACCAUGCAUGCCCCUUGUCUGCCCACACAAGUCUUGUUCCCCGGGUAACAUCGAAGGGGUCUGGUGGCUGAUGCCUCCUAAUCGGCAAGCCACCACAGGCUUGUCAAUCAGAGCCCCGGGAAGGAUUUGGUCAAUUAAAGAAUUGGAUCUCAUCUUAUCUUAAUUAGCCAAUUAAAAAUUAAUUACUAUUGUUUGCCAACAUGUUCAACAUGUUCACAUUUCAGUUAGCGUAUGGUAGAGCCUUUACUAAAUGAUAUUAUUAGUACUAUUAGAGUUGAAUUAGUUUAGUAGAAAUGGUUAGCCUAUUCCUAUAUUAGUAAUUACCAAAUAAAAACCCAUAGAUCAGACCCUUGUAGUUUUGUUUGUUGUAGGUUUUUUUAGCAGGUCCACCAUAAGUUAAAUUGAAGAAAGCAUCUAAUGAUAUUAAAAGAAGUAUAAAAUAGCAACUUUAGAUGGUUUUACUCGAUUGAUACUUAAACAAUUUUUAAAUAGAUAAGAUUCUUUUAUUGAUCCAAAUGGAAAUUUGUUUAGAUAACAUUGUACAUUUCUACAAUAUUCUUUUCAGUCAUGAUAGCCUUUGUCUUUGUUUUUGUUUUUUAAACUUGGUUUGUAGCAAGGUGUUAGGUGGACCAUUGUGUGGUCACAUUGUUCAAUUGGAAAGUAAAUUAUGAGAUGUGUAAGAUCUUUUUAUUUUUCCCUUGCACAUUUUGUAGUGAAUUUAACAAUUCAUUAACAAUUAAAAUAAUUUGAUUGUUCCAGCCUAUUUUAAUAUGUACAUUUGAACUAAUUUAUUUUGACUAAGGAAUUCACAUUAUAAGCAUUUUAAAAAAAAAAUAAUGUGGAAGUAAUUUUUAUUCAAUAGUUUAUUUUAUAUUUACAGUAGAAACAUUGUCAGAAGAUGAAGAAGACAACAUCAUUACAUCUGCCUCUGGUGAGGGUGUCAGUAUCUCUGUUAACCCAAGCUCCAAUAGUAGCCAUACUGAUUUCACUCCCACUCCUGGAGGUCCAUUCUCUGCCCUUACACCUUCUAUGUGGCCUCAAGACAUAAUGGCUAAAAUCAACCAUCCAGUUAGUAAAGUUAUCAUAUAAUUAGAAAUAUAAAUUUCUUUCAAAUUUGGUUUUUUUUGGGCUAGGAGACUGUUACGCACUGACUUGUAUUGGGAGAAAUUAAUCUCCUAUUUUAAUUUUAAUUUGGCUCGAUGUAAACAGUGCCUAACAAAGGACGAUACCAUAGAAUCAACAAUUAUUAAAGAUACGACCCAAAACAGUUUCUAGUUACAAUUAAUUAAGAUUUAUUAUGUCUAAAGAUAAUUACAAAAUAAAAUAAAAUAAAAUUACAAUCUUCAACUUACAGUAUGGCAGAUGUCGUACCGGUACACACUUAAUACAAUUAGAAAUAAUGAUGCCAAUAAAUAAUGCGGAAUAAACACAUAUAAGUAGGAGCACACAAAUACACAAAGAAUAAAACACGCCUCGUAAUGUUAAGAAAAUCUAUGUGAAAAAUCUCCGUCCCCUCGUGCCUGUCAAUCUCUUAUAUAUAUGUAGAGUAAGAUGCUUCGAGAAGGGCUUAUGACGUGUUGUUUACAUCUCUCGGGUUAAGGAGUAUAUUCCAGAAAUUACCCGAAAACAAUCUACCCAAUGCGUAAUUGGAAGCCGACUGUAAACAAGCUACUUCAAAGACCUAAGCCACACCCCUUUGUGAACACAGCGUCUCAUGCGGGGUCAAUCAGAGGGCACGCACGAGAAAUAUGAUGUAAACAAGCUCUCUAUAACACCUCCCCUCUUAAAAGAAAAAAAUUUCAUUGUUCAAAAAUGGAAUUCUUUUUCCAUUAAAAUUGAAGAAAGUACAUUUCUUACUCUCAAAAUAUUAGACAAAAAACUUCUUAACAGCUUAUAAACAAUAACAUAAGUGAAAAUUAAUUUCUGGACAAAGUAUCUGCAAUGACAUUGUCUUUGCCUUUAAUAUGUUUGAUGUCCAAAUUAUAUUCUUGUAAAAAUAGGCUCCAUCUUAACAAUCUUUGAUUUUUGGAGACCAUCUUAUUCAAAAAUGUUAAAGGAUUGUGAUCAGUAAAAACAAGUACUGAAUGUAAAGAACAACUGACAUAAAAAUCAAAUUGUUGGAGAGCAAGAAUUAAACCUAAACAUUCCUUUUCUACAGUGGAAUAGUUUUUCUGAUGUGAGUUGAAUUUCUUUGAGAAAUAAGAGACAGGAUGAUCUACAUUGUGGUCAUCUUCUUGAAAAAGAACUGCACCAAUGCCAACAUCACUGGCAUCUACAGCUAAUUUAAACUGUUUGUUAAAGUCUGGUGCAAUGAGAACAGGAGCAUUAGCAAGUAUAUUUUUAAUGUUUUCGAAUGCUUCCUGACAAGCAUCUGACCAAUGAAAUUUUGCAUUUUUCUUUAACAUAUUACUUAAAGGAGAAGCAAUAACUGAGAAAUUUUUGCAAAAUUUUCUAUAAUAACCUGCCAUUCCCAAAAAUCUCAUUAACUGUUUUCUAGUAGUGGGUGGUGGAAGUGAUACAAUAGCAUUUAUCUUAGCUUGAACAGGCUUUACAUGACCUUGACCCACUAUGUGACCUAAAUAUUCCACAGUUGCAUGACAAAAUUCACAUUUAUUUAAAUUUACAGUUACAUUUGCCUGCAAAAAUUUUUUAAACAGAGAUCUUAAUUGGUUUACAUGAGUUGAAAAAUCUUGACUGUAAAUAAUUACAUCAUCAAUAUAGGCGCUGCAAUUUUCCUGGUCAGCAAUAAUGUUAUUUACAAGACGUUGGAAUGUAGCUGGGGCAUUUUUCAUUCCAAACGGCAUUACUUUAUAUUGAUAUAAACCAUCUGGAGUACAAAAAGCAGAGAUUUCUUUUGCUCUGUCAGAUAGAGGAACCUGCCAAUAACCUGAUAGUAAGUCUAUCUUGGUUACAUAUUUGGCAUCACCUAUUCGAUCUAUAAGAUCGUCUAUCCUUGGAAUCGGAAAGGAAUCAGUCUUUGUGAAUGCAUUCACUUUCCUGAAGUCAGUACAAAACCUGUAACUUUUGUCAGGCUUUGGGACUAAAAUACAUGGUGAACUCCAGUUACUAGAGCUUGGUUCAAUUAUAUCAUUUUCAAGCAUGUAUUUUAUUUCAGACCGGAUUAUUUCAAGUUUUUCCGGAUUGACCCUAUAGGGGUGUUGCUUGACCGGAACUGCAUUGCCAAUGUCAACAUCAUGUACAGCAAUGUUGGUUUUAUUAGGUACAUCAGGGAAGAGUAAAACAAAAUCUGCAAUAACAGACUUAACAACAUCCUUCUCUGACAAUGACAAAUGUCCUAGUUUCUUAUCUAAGUUGGCCAAUAUUUCUGAAUUUUUAAGUUUAUAAUUACCAACUUUUUCUGGGACACUAUCAAAGGUUUCAGUAACAUUUUCUUUAAGUACUGAAGUUACAGUUGAGAUUGUGUUAACAUUUGUUUCUGAGGAUGGACAAUGAUCAUCACAUUUUCUAUCAAAAUAUUCUUUUAACAUGUUAAUGUGACAUAACUGUUUCUUUCUUUUACGAUCUGGUGUUAACACAAUGUAAUUUAAAUCAUUGAUUUUGGACUCAACAACAUAAGGACCAAAAUAUCUAGCUUGUAGUGCUUGCCCUGGUAUCGGCAAAAGCACAAGCACUUUGUCCCCUGAAGCAAACUGUCUGAAUUUUGACUUUUUGUCAUACCAAACUUUCAUUUUAGAUUGUGAAUCUUUUAAAUGUGUUUUAGCCAAAUUAACGGCAUUAAAAAGUUUAGUUUUAAAUUUUUGGACAUAGUCAAGAAGUCCUUCCGUGGGUGCCGAUGACAUCCACGUGUCUUUUAAAAGUUUAAGGGGACCGCGAACCGUGUGGCCAAACACCAGUUCGAAGGGGCUGAAUCCAAGUGAUUCUUGAACUGCUUCUCUUGCGGCGAACAGUAGCAUGUUGAUGCCUUCAUCCCAGUCUUUCUCUUGUUCUAGGCAGUAGGUUCUCAUCAUGUUCUUCAACGUCUGAUGGAAUCGCUCAAGUGCUCCCUGUGACUCAGGAUGAUAUGCACUCGACAAGCAGUGUUCUAUGCCCAACUGGUUCAUCACUUGUUUGAAUAUUCCAGCCUUGAAGUUGGUUCCUUGGUCAGACUGUACAGACUUCGGAAGACCAAACAAUGUAAAAAACUUCGUCAAGGCUUUGACGAUGUUCGGAGUCUUGAUAUUGCGAAGAGGAAUAGCUUCUGGGAAUCUUGUUGACGCACACAUGAUUGUCAGCAAGUAUUGGUGACCUGAUUUUGUCUUUGGCAGAGGUCCAACGCAGUCUAUAAUAACGCGACUGAAAGGUUCUUCGAAUGCUGGAAUGGGUUGAAGAGGAGCUGCUGGUAUCUUCUGAUUUGGUUUCCCUACAACCUGACAAGUAUGACAUGAUCUGCAGUAUUCAACCACAUCUUUCUUGAUUUUGGGCCAAAAGAAGUGCGACGUGAUUUUGUGAUAUGUCUUCUUUACUCCCAAAUGACCUGAAAGUGGUGAGUCAUGGGCUAAGUUCAGGACUUCGUUCCGGAAUGGGGUAGGAACUACUAUUUGAUGAACUAUCCUCCAUUCUUCGUCAGCAUUUGCGUCUGGAGGUCGCCAUUUUCUCAAAAGUAUGUCAUCUUGAAGGUAAUAACAUAUAGGGAAUUGUUCAGCUUCUUCUUGGGUCAAAGCGUUCUCUCGAAGUUUGACUAUUUCUGGAUCACUCUUCUGUUCUUCAAUAAGUUGCAUUCGAGUUGGAGUCUUGUAAUUACUAGCCUCUUCAUUUAGACUUGCAAAAAAUGUUUUUCCCAGGUCAAUUUCAGGAAGAAUUUUAUUGCUUUUUUGUGAAAUCUCUUUUGUGGAGAUCUUGGAACUCAUGGCCCUUGUCACAGCACAUGCUGGAUACAAUUCUUGAUCUUCUUCCUGAUUUUCAUUUAAACAAGGUUCAUGAGUAACGAUGGGCUCGGCUAUCACCUUCCCACCAGCUAAGUCAUUGCCUAGCAGCAACGAGAUGCCGUCCAAUGGUAAUGUUGGUCGGACACCCACAACCACAGGUCCGGAGACUAAGUCUGAUUUUAGGUUGAUGAGAUGUAAAGGUACAUCUAUGCAUCCCAGCUCUACACCUCGUAACAGGAUGUUGCUCCCAGUAGCAGUAGAUUCAGACAAGGGAAGUAUACCCUCAAGUAGUAAGGACUGUGAAGCACCUGUAUCUCGUAAGAUUUUGAUUGGUUGUAGACUGGAAAAAUCACCUGGCAGUGAUACGAAUCCUUCCGAUAUGAAAGGCAUGAAGUCUUGUAUGACAUCAGUAGUUUCUGAUGUAGAAUUUUGGACCUUGGUAGGUAAACUCUUGUUGGAGUCUUGAGAACAUUCGGCUAGGGUAGAGGAAGUAAAACUCUGGGUAGAGUCGUCAAAACUUGCACACAAGUCCUCAGUAAAACGCCCUCUGGAGGUAGACCUCUUCUUGGAGCAAAAGGAUCUUGGCGACAAGCUCAUAAAACUCGCAGUCGAAGCAGGAACUUGGCUGGAGUCAGUAAAACUAGCCUUAUUGUUCAUAAUGGAACUCUUUGAUGAGUCGUGACAAACCUCUUUGAAGUUUGUAUGGACAUCUGGAGAGCAAAAACUCUUGAAUUUUGAAAAUGUGUUUCCAGAUGUAUGACGAGACGUACAAGCGGAGACUUUGUGUUGUGUACCAGGAUGUGUGGUCUUCUCAGUUUUCUUCUUGAGUUUCCAGCAAUCAUCCCUCGUAUGUCCUUCUUUUUUACAGUAGGCACAUGUGUCUUUUGCACCAAUUUCUUUCGUACCGGGCUUGAAUGGUUUUUGUGGAGGUUUACUGUAAGUUGAUACAGCUGUCUUAUUGUGCCUGUCAUUUUUGGUGUCAGAUGGAUUCUUGGAAAGUUGAUGUGAGAUGGUGAAGUCGUCGGCUAACACUGCUGCCGUAUGUGCGUCACCUUCGCCACGGUCUGCAAUAUGUAUCCGCACCUCAGUACGAACACAGUUCUUGAACUCCUCCAUCAGAAUGAGGUUCUUGAAUUUCUUGAAGUCUGUCUCGGUGUUGGUUGCGUGCAGCCACUUGUCCAGGAGCCGUUCCUUUUCCCGGAGGAACUCAACAUGAGUCUGGCCAUCACGUUUCCACAGUUCCCUAAACUUUUUACGGUAUGCUUCGGGGACACAUUCAUAAGCCUUAAGUAUUAAUGAUUUUACUAGGUUAUAGUCCCCGCGCUGUUCCGCAUUCAGGGACACAAAGACUUCAGAUGCCCUUCCGGUCAAGGCUGGUUGAAGUAAGGUGGACCACAUAGUUUCAGGAAUUUUAAAAUUUUGGGCAGUUAUCUCAAACUGCGCAAAAUAUUGGUCAACCUCUUUUUCUGAAAAUUUAGGGAUUACUUUUGCAAAUUUAAUUGCAUCGCAACCUUGACCGGCUGGAGCCGUGAGUCUAUUUUCCAUUGCUCCCAAAUUGGCUGUUAUUUCCAUUUCUUUUAAUUUGAUUUGUAGCUCUUUCUGUGCUUCUAGCUCCAGCUGUUUAAGCUCACGUUCUUUAUCUAGCUCCAGCUGUUUAAGCUCACGUUCUUUAUUUAGCUCCAGCUGUUUAAGCUCACGUUCUUUAUCUAGCUCCAGCUGUUUAAGCUCACGUUCUUUUUCUCUCUGGGCAUCUAGUUCCAUUUGUUUGAGCUUUAGUUGGAGCUCCAUACUUGGAUCAGUCGGUUGUGUGACUGAGGCAAGUUCAUCUUCAGAUAACAUGUCUUCAUCCACAAAGUGAACGAUGAUCAUGUCUCGUAUGGUCUUUUUUACGGCCGAAUGAGCUACAUUUAUUUCUAGAGCUUUAGCAAUGGAAAAUAGCUCCUUCCUAGAACAUUUGUCUAAUGCCUCUACUGAUGGGUUUUCAAUAUCAAAAUCCAUUUUGACACAGGCAAAAUAUAACAAUGAUUUUUUUAUAAAAAUUUAAGCUUAGUGCACACACUAAUGAAAAAAUUGUAACCAGCUCUGUUGUUGGUGUCGUAAAAUGGUAUCGUGAUCUCAAAUUAGUUUGAGUGUAUUAAGGUAAACAGUUUGUCAAAAUCCACAGAAAAAACGCUCAAUUUAUUAUUGGUGUAAUAAAAACUAUGGAUUAAAAUUAUCCUCGGAAAAUCCCACAAUUUGUUAAAAUUGGGGUCUAAUGAGAAUAAAAUAUGGAUUCGGUUAUCGCGGACGAUGCGCCCAAUUUGUUACGCACUGACUUGUAUUGGGAGAAAUUAAUCUCCUAUUUUAAUUUUAAUUGGCUCGUUGUAAACAGUGCCUAACAAAGGACGAUACCAUAUAAUCAACAAUAUUAAAGAUACGACCCAAAACAGUUUCUAGUUACAAUUAAUUAAGAUUUAUUAUGUCUUAAGAUAAUUACAAAAUAAAAUAAAAUUACAAUCUUCAACUUACAGUAUGGUAGAUGUCGUACCGGUACACAGUUAAUACAAUUAGAAAUAAUGAUGCCAAUAAAUAAUGCGGAAUAAACACAUAUAAGUAGGAGCACACAAAUACACAAAGAAUAAAACACGCCUCGUAAUGUUAAGAAAAUCUAUGUGAAAAAUCUCCGUCCCCUCGUGCCUGUCAAUCUCUUAUAUAUAUGUAGAGUAAGAUGCUUCGAGAAGGGCUUAUGACGUGUUGUUUACAUCUCUCGGGUUAAGGAGUAUAUUCCAGAAAUUACCCGAAAACAAUCUACCCAAUGCGUAAUUGGAAGCCGACUGUAAACAAGCCACUUCAAAGACCUAAGCCACACCCCUUUGUGAACACAGCGUCUCAUGCGGGGUCAAUCAGAGGGCACGCACGAGAAAAACAAGCUCUCUAUAACAGAGACCCUUUUAACUUUUGUAUUUAAAAAAUCUUCAGAUAUUUGUUUCCUUUGAAGCAAUCCGUUGAAUUCAUUUCAUCCAAAUAUUAUUUUCUUAACUUUCUAUAUACUAUUGAAGUAAUUUCUUAUCAAUUGUUUUAUAGCAUCAUUUUUUAAAUUAAAUUUCCAGCCAGAAGAUCCCAAUGGUCAAUUGGACUACAGAUACGAUGAAUUUGGGUUUAAAGUUGAAGAAGAAGGUAGGCUCUGACAUUUCUAAAUAGGUUGUAAUGAGAUGUAGUUAAAAUAAAUAAAUAAAAAAUACUUUUAAAACUAUUAAAAUUCUAUAAAUAAUGAAUAUUAAAAUAUAAAUUUUUAAUUGUUGGCUGAAGCACUUUGAAAGUAAUGUUAUGAUUAUUCUUGAAAUAUUUUAAUUAGCUGCUAAUCUAAAUAUUCAUAUUAUUUUAGAUGGACCAGAAGAAAAUUCAAGUAAGCUUUUAAGCACACCUUUCAUUGAAGACCCACAGCACAGGUUAAAAUGGACAGCAUAUUUGGAGUUCACACAUAACAAUGAAGUUGGAGACCUUACAUGGGAUAAGGUUUGAAUUUUAAAAAAUUAUCUUCUUGAAGACAAAAAAUGUAUUAAGAUAUUGUAAAGCAUUUAAUAUUGUUUAACUUCCCUAAAUCCAUUGAGGUAUUAAGAAUUUUUCAGUGUUGUCAAACUUCCUUUCUGUAUAUUAUAAUUGAUAGUUUGAUUAGUUAUGAAACUUUCAAUUAAUUUUUUGUUUUCACAGGUGGAAGCCAGGUUGCCCAGGUCUGAAAAGCUUAGGGGAAUGGCCCGUCAAGGCAUUCCACAUUCAAUGAGAGGCCAAAUGUGGCUUAGGCUUUCUGGUGCCCUUGACAAAAAGAACAAAGCAGAUCUCUCUUACAAAGAUGUGGUCAAAGCAAGCAGUAGUGAUCAUCUUAUGACAUCGAAACAAAUUGAAAAGGCAACUGCUCCCUAAUUAGCUUUUUAAUAAUACUUAAUUAAAUGAGUAUUAUUAUUAUUUAUAAAGAUAAUAGGUAUUUGAUUUAUAGUAAAUUUAUACAUCUCAAAGAAAGAUUGAAAAUGUUAAAAAAGAAAUAUUUAAAAAUGUUAAAAAUAACAUUUUAAAAUUAAUACUUGUCGUUUUAUAGGAUUUAUUGCGUACUAUGCCAAGCAAUGCUUGCUUUUGCAAUAUAAAUAGUACUGGCAUACCACGGCUGAGAAGAAUACUGCGUGGUCUGGCCUGGCUGUAUCCAGAUAUUGGCUACUGUCAAGGAACUGGAGUUGUAAGUUGCUAAGCAUAUUUAAAAUAAAAAUACUAAGUACAUUAAUCAUAUAGACUAUAUUUUAAUGGUGAACACUUGUGUGUUUGUUCUCCUUACAUUUCUACAUGGAUUGAUGAGGCUUGACCAAACUUGGCAUACAUACCGUUCAUUAUCCAGAAUCAAAUACUGGGGGAAUUUAAACUUUCCAUUUAGGGGCAGGGGCAAAAGAUGUUGCUUCUUCUUAUAAAAGCUAUUUAAAUAUAAUUUCAAGCAUUGGAUGAAUCUAGACCAAACCUAGUAAACAAACACUUGAUUUUCCAUAGGAAUCUGAAUUCAUAAUAUCCACUACUUUAGGGCUGGGGGCCUCAAUUUUAUUUCUCCUUACAUUUGUUGUGCUUGUUCUGCAUACGUUUCGACAUGAAUGGAUGGAUCUUGAGCAAACUUUGCACACAUACCCUUCACUAUCCAGAAUAAAGUUCUGGGGGUUUUUUAAAUUUACAUGAUAACCUUUUUGGGGCUGAGGGCACCUGAAUCUAUUUUUUCCUUUUAUGAGCUAUAUAAAUAAACGAUCAAGCAUAGGCUAUUGCAUGAGUGGAUGGAUCUAGAAUAAAGUUCGUACAUAUGCACUUGAUUAUCCUUAUCAAAAUACUGUAGGGAAUGGAGCUCAAAAUAUUCACUCCCCAAUUUCAUUUUCCUUAUAUAAGCUAUAUAAAUACCAUUUAGGCUUAGACAAUAGUAUAGGAUUCUAAGUGAAUUUAGGUUAGGCCCAGCUUGGUAGCUAUAACCUUCAUACUCCAUAUUCAAAUAUCGGUGAAUUUUACAUUAUAGUAUCUACUCAAUUUGGGGCUGGUCUAGAAUUUUCCUGAAAGUUCAAUAAUUUAAAAGACUAAAUAUCCGGCAUUUUUUAACCUAUUUUAAUGGUAUAUUAAAUGUUGAAUGCCAUUAAUUAUCUGCAUGAAUUUAUAUGGCCCACAUGUUAGGCAUUUAGAAAAAUUUAGGGUUAAAAACAUUUCACCUAAUCUAAAUGAAGUACUAAAUUCAGUUAUAAACAGUAUCAGUGCUAUUAAAGCUAAUGCCGAAUGUGAACGUCUCUUCAAGCCAUUUUGUAAAGAACAAAAUACAGACUAUGUGAGACUUUUACCUCACACUGAAGUAAGAUGGCUUUUGAAAGGGGGUUGCUUGAAAAGAUUUAUGGAACUAUUUGAUUCUCUUGUAUUUUUUUAAGUGACAAACCUGAAAUGAAGUAUCUGAUAACAGCUAAUGGUAAAGCAUUUGUGAGUUUUUUAGCCGAUAUCUUUGCAAAACUAAAUACAUUAAAUAACCAACUUCAAGGAACAAAUAAAACUUUUGUUGAUGCAAAAGCCAAGAUAUUAGGUUUAAUUACCUUUAUUGAAUUAUGUCAAAAAAAUAUUUACUACAAAAAUUUUGAAGUUUCAUUGUGAAAAAUGUGAAGUGACUGAUACCGCUAUACUUGUUGUUGUCCAUUGUCUGAAAUGUCUAUGGGCUAAAUUAAAAGAAAUAUUUUUCUUAUUUGAAACAAAUUGAUUUUCCAACUUGGAUGAUGCAGCCAAUGUUAGUGGAUUUAUCUGAUAUUUAAAUUAUCCAUUUUUAGGAAGAACUCGCAGAAAUGCAUAAUGAUGAGUCAGUUACAACUUGAUUUGAUAUAAAAUGAGCAAUGGCAUGGCUUUGUGAGGAAACAGAAAUCAAAUAUCCAAAUUCAACCAAAUUUAACUGAAUGUGUAUUUAGUGCCAUAUUUUUUGUAGAAAAAAAUAAAUAAAUAAAUUCGGCUGGAUAUAACACAACGUGGAGACUUGAGACUGAAGCUAACUAAAUUGGAAUCUAACAUAAAAUCUCUUUGCAGCAAGCAUUAAGCACAAACAUCUCACUUAAUUUAAAUAAAAAUAAUUACAAAUAAUUAUAAUUGCAAUAAUAUAGAAAAAUCUUUCAAUAAAAUUAUUUCAUACUUGAAUUUCAGUUCUCCAUUAAAUGUUUUAAAACUUACUGUGUAUCCUCACCAAUUUCCUAGAUAGAUUUCUUCUUAAAACCUAUCAUUUACGUUUCUUCAGUGAACAACCCUUUUCCUUUUUUUUUAUAUUUUAAAAAUUAUGUACAUGAUGAGGAGGGGCUAAGAAUUUUAGACAGGCUUAGGUGGGGCAUGGCACAAAAAAGGUUGGGAAACACUGCUCUAUAUUGUUCCACUGGGAUCUAAAAGCUUAUGGGAAUUUUUAUUGUAGUUUUAAAGAUUUCUUUACCUUCCUUGGAAAUUGUUCAGUCGAUUGGUAUUGGGGCCACAACAGAGAAUGGGAUCCCAUUUGAAACUCAGACUAGUCUGGAAUAUAUAGCAAUUUUUUUUUUUUUAAUUUGAAAAAUAAUGUUGGAUUCAAUGAACAUGGGCAUUAAUGGCUGGUAUCAUCUAGAGGAACAUGAUCCAUUCAGGGAACUGGAUCCAUCCAGGAAUGGGAUCUCAACAGGGAAUGGGAUCCCAUUUGAAACUCAGACUAGUCUAGAAUAUAUAGCAAUUUUUUUUUAAUUUGAAAAAUAAUGUUGGAUUCAAUGAACAUGGGCAUUAAUGGCUGGUAUCAUCUAGAGGAACAUGAUCCAUUCAGGGAACUGGAUCCAUCCAGGAAUGGGAUCUCAACAGGGAAUGGGAUCCCAUUUGAAACUCAGACUAGUCUAGAAUAUAUAGCAAUUUUUUUUUAAUUUGAAAAAUAAUGUUGGAUUCAAUGAACAUGGGCAUUAAUGGCUGGUAUCAUCUAGAGGAACAUGAUCCAUUCAGGGAACUGGAUCCAUCCAGGAAUGGGAUCUCAACAGGGAAUGGGAUCCCAUUUGAAACUCAGACUAGUCUAGAAUAUAUAGCAAUUUUUUUUUUAUUUGAAAAAUAAUGUUGGAUUCAAUGAAAAUGGGCAUUAAUGGCUGGUAUCAUCUAUGUUUAGCCCCUCUGUCCUCUGUUAUGAAAAGGAUUUUGCUACAGUCAUUUCAGGUCCCUAAUUUCAGUUCUUAUAGAGAUGAAAGUGUGUUUACUCAAGCUAUUUAUUUUCAUUGCGAGAAAAAACUUUGCCUUCAUGUAUUAAAAGAUGCUUUCCAGCCGCAGUAGCUAUAUGUAUGUUCUAAGUCUAAGUAAAUGGAAAAAUUGCAUGGGAAUUUUAUCAAUAUUUACAUCUAUAUACCUUUAUUGCCUAAUUUUGUUAAUCUGUGUUGCAUUUCAGUAUUGUUUUUACUUUUACAAUUUGUAUACAUAUGAAUAUCUUAUUAAUGCUUUAUGUCAUCUCAUUUUACCAGAAAUUUUUAUUAAAAACUCAAUAUCUUGCUAAUUUAAUGUUGCAGAUAGCAGCAUCCUUACUGUUAUUUAUGGAGGAGGAAGACACGUUCUGGAUGAUGUGUGCCAUAAUUGAAGAUCUGCUGCCUGCAUCUUACUACUCCAAUACUUUGAUUGGGAUACAGGUUUGACUUAAGACUGGUUUAAUAUUUUGUAUUGGCUUAGUUUAUUAUUAAGACAUUAAUUUCAUGUUUUUUCUUUGUUAAAUUAUGUAAAUUAAUUUUUUAUUUUAUGAUUAAUUUCCCUUCAACACUACACUUUAGGCUGAUCAGAGAGUGUUGCGCCAACUGGUCAUCAGCUAUUUGCCUGAUAUCGAUCUGGUUUUAAAAGAACAUGAUAUAGGUAAGCUUUUUUUUUCAAGUUUGUUGUUUAAUUUAUAAAGAUGAAAUAGUGCUGACAUACAUAUAGUGCUGACAGUUCUUGAAAAACAUAAAUUAAUAAACUAAUAUUAAAUUUCUUGCUGUUUAAAUAUAGCAACGCAUAUUUUUAAAAACACAGAUCUAAAAUUCACUAAAUCAGUGAUAAGUGAUGAAAAAAAAUGUCUGUGGCAAUUAUUCUUGAAGCUUAAGGAUAUUAAAAAAUAAAAAUAACAUGCUUAUUUCUAAUUGGAAAGGAAUGUUAAAGAAAUGUGUGAUGUUAGUUUUCUUUGUGACAUAAAAAUAUUUACAUUACCUGAAAAUAUCCUAUGCUAUAAUAAGAAUAUAUUUAAAAAAAAAAAAAAAUUCUACUCCCACAGAGCUGUCUCUAAUAAGCCUUCACUGGUUCCUGACACUGUUUGCUAGCGUUGUUCACAUGAAAGUACUUUUACGAUUAUGGGAUCUAUUUUAUUAUGAAGGAUCUGUCGUUAUCUUCCAGAUAACAAUGGGGAUGCUAAAGCUCAAAGUAGGAUUUUUAUUUUUGAAGUGGUUAUAAAAGGCAUCAAUUAAUUUUUAAAUGAUAUAAUGCUCCAUUGUUUUUCAAAAUUGAACUCCAAUAGCCCUCUCAAACUUAUUUAUACAAAUGUAAUCCCUCAUGUAUCUCCCAAAAUACAAUGUUCAUAAAUGUUUCAUAUCUAGACCAGGCAUAGAAAGGCACAUGUGAAUAAAUUCCAUUAUAUUGUUUACAAUUUUCUUUUAAAAGAAUCAAUGACUAAAAAAAUUAUAUCUGAGCACUUUAGCAUUAUAUGUAUAUAGUUAAUUUAUUAUUUAAGUAAUUAAAUAUGGAAACUGUAAUAAAUCCUUGUUUACAGGAACAAGAACUGCAAAGUUUGGACAAUUCUGCACAGAUUUUCAACGCUCUGUCUGAUGUUCCAGGAGAUGUUGAGGAUGUAGAUGAACUUAUUGAAGUAAGUUAAUUUUUGGUUUGCCAUAAUUAUUAAUCUGGAUUUGUUUUUAUUUUAUUUGUCAAAAAACAUAUUCAUUUACAAUGGAUUUUUAAGAAAUUAUUUUUUCAUAAAUUCCAAAACGGGGUCUUCUAACCUUUGGCCUGCUAGCCAGAUCUUGUCUGCUUUUCUAAAAUAUCUAGCCUUACUUUGCUUUUAAUAAAUUUAAAAUAAAUGUGUUUCUGUUUUAAAAUGACACAUGACCGUAAAUGAUAUUUUAAUGCCAGAGCAGGCUCAUUAAAAAUUUCUUUAUUGAUUUUGCUAGGUAUAUGUCUGUGUGUAAAAAAUCUUUUCAUGUCUUAUCUUCAAAGUAAACUAGUUUAUUGUUUUAAUAGGUUUCAUAAAAUUCUUUUCUUUUCUUGUGUGUAUGAAAACAAUAUGACCAAGACUCAUUUUCUCAUACUGCGAAUCAAAGUGGUAUUUAGUCUUCCUUUUAUAAUUAUAAUUUUGAUGUGAAAGUCAAUGUUGUUUAUAAGAAAUCCGAUUGUCAUUUGAUGAAUUUAUGCAUUUGAAAUUUCAUGAAGACCAUAACUGUUUGUUGGUCUUUUAUCCAAAUUUUUUUUAGAAGCUGUAUUUAUGAAAUGAAAUUCAUUAAAUUUUGUUGUGUUAUGUACCAAACUCUCGGAUUUACAUCUAUUUGAUCUACUGCAACAUGCCCCCUCAAAAUUAAAAAAACUUUUCAGAGAUAAGGUGUCACAUUGACUGACUCUAUAAAUAGUAUUUGUUUUAAAAUUACAAAUUGAUUUUUAUGAAGUUGAAAUUCAUAGCCUGCCACAAUGUAACACUUUUUUCUGUGGUCCUACCUUAAGAAAGUUAGCCAACUUCUGUCGUUUUAUAAUUUAGCAUUUUAAAUCAUUUUGUAGGUUGCAUUCAGGGUCUCUGGAUCCUUGACUGAUGUCCAUGUAGAUACACAUCGGAGAAAGCAUUUGGCCUACUUAAUGGCUGAUCAAGGAGCACUUGUGAAUCCAGAAUCUUCAAGAAAUUUACCUAAACAGGUACAUUAAUACUUUUAAAAAGUAAUUUUUAAAGUGAUCCCUUUAAAAAAUGAGUGAUGCAAGAGCAAUGUGCACUCUAACUUCUAAUGAAUUAUUUUAUCUUCGUUAAAAUAUUAAUGUAAAUAAAUUGAUCACUUCUUUUCUUUUAAUUUGGGUUUAGUUAAUUAUCUCAUAAACCUGAUUUUGCUAAAACUUUUCACUUUUAAAUUAUCCAGCAACUUAACAAACGGCAUCUAAGGCGUUCCCGAUCACUGAUGUCGGUUCUUUGGGGUGGUGGCAACAAUGAGGAGGAUGACUUUGGUAAAGCUAAAAAUAUACGUCAGACAGAACUACUUGUUGAUUUAAGAGAAGCCAUCCUUCAGGUGGCCAGGCAUUUUCAAAGUUUGGAUCCCAAAAAUAGUAAAGUGGUAGGUCUUGUGAUAUGUUUUCUUUAUUUAUGGUUAUCCUCUGUGAGGAUACUUUGGAUUGGAAUACAUUUCUGUAUAGAAAUUUUAUGAAAAACAUGGUUUCUGGGCCAAUUUUUUAUUAUAGAGAUUUUUUUAAUUCAAAUUUUCAAUUAGAGGCAAGCUCAAACUUAGCUCUUUAAAUAUUUUUAUGCUCAGAAUUCUAAUGAAAAUUCAAACAACAUUCACAUCAGAAUCAGGGCCGGCGCUAGGAAGGUGCGGGGCAUUGGGCAAAUUGAAUUUUGCAGGGCCGUUGACGUUAUAUAUUCCGCUGUAAGGAUAUUAAGACACGUAAUAGUUGAACUGGGGCCUUGUUGGUCAUAAUGGGACGCGUCUUAACGGAUAUUUGUUCAUUCGCUUAGUUUCCAAAGUUUCUAUUUUUUCCUAUAACAGAAGGCCUAAUUGCCCUGGCCCAAAUUACUCAUUGGGGCUCCAUUGUUACCAAUAUCAAGGUUGACUGGAUUAGGAACUAUUAGUAGGCAACGCGGGGGGCCCCGCAAAUGCGCGAGGCCUUGGGUGGUCCCCCACUUCACUUCCUCCUAGCGCCGGCCCCGAUCAGAAUAAGACAAUCCUUCAUAUUUUUUGAUGGGGUGUUAAAUUAACAUGAUCUUUAUAUUUCAACAGUCUGAGGCACACUUUUUUCCCCAAGUAAAUAAUUUUUUUAAAAAAUUUAUUUUGGGUGUGAAAAGAUUGUUAUUAAAAAAAAAGGCACGUUUUGUAAAAAUGAGAAAAACUUGAAUUGUAAAUAAUUUAACAAAAUAUGUUUGAAUUUUUAGAUCCUGACUGCAGAUUACAGCAUGGAGAGUCAUGCUAAAGACCUGGAGAAUUAUGUUAAUGUUGCAAGAAAUAGACAUCGAAGAGCCAAGGCUUUGUUAGACUUUGAAAGACAUGAUGAUGAUGAGCUUGGCUUCCGAAAGAAUGACAUCAUCACAGUAUGUAUGAUUCUUUUUGUCUUAAUCUUUUAAUUUUAAAGUAUUAUAUUUAUUUUGAUAAAAGAUUUUAAAGUUAUUUUUUCAUCUUCUUCCCAACGUCAUAAUUUAUUUAAACUUUUUUUAAAAAUAAUUGAGAGUAGAGUUAUUUUAAACAACCUUAAAAAGAAUACAAAGCUUAAAAUUAGUUGUCAAGUCAAAAGAGAUAAAUUGUUUAAUACGGCUUUAAAGAUUAGUGGACACAAAAAGUAUUUAAAGAAUUAACAUCUCUCGUUUUGCAGUGCAAAUUUAAUGAUAGAUUAUUGUAGUAGCAUUUAUAAAAUUUUAAAAAACACAUUAAAAUUGCCUCAGAAAUAUGCAGAAUUAUUUGAUAAGAUAAAUAUUUUUUUUUGUUGCUUUAUAUUAUUUUAUGUUAAAUAACAUGAAAAGAAAUUAAGAUUGAUAUUCUGUGAUAAAAUUGACUCUAGUUUAUUUGUUUGCUUUGUUUUCUUUGAUUAUCUUUUAAAUUUUUACAUUUGGAUCUUAUUUUUACAGCCUAUUUAAGAGUAUUUACAAUAUUUUUAGAUAAUCUCUCAAAAAGAUGAACACUGCUGGAUAGGAGAGCUGAAUGGGUUAAGGGGGUGGUUUCCUGCAAAGUUUGUUGAAGUAUUAGAUGAAAGGAGUAAGCAUUAUUCAUCAGCUGGUGAUGAUUCAGUAACUGAGGCCAUUACAGAUCUGGUCAGAGGAACGUAAGUGUUGUCAUGUUUAUAAUAUUUAAAUUGUCAGCUUGAAAUUUGAAGUGUGGAUAAAAUCUUAUUCUUGGAGGAAAGAAAUCAUUAAUUUUAUAAAAGAAACUUUAAACACAGUAGAACCUCAGAUAAUGAAUUUAAUUCGUUCCAAGACUCCCUUCUUAAAUCGAAACAUUCGCUAACAAAAAUUUUUCAUAUUAAGAUCAAUGUAAAUUCAAUUAAUCUGUUCCAGCCUUAGAAAUAAUGUAUUUUUACAUUUUUAAGCUGUUCUAUAAUGAAAAAUAUAGCAUUUUAUCUGACCACCCUCUUCUCACUUUAAAGUCUUCAGCUUCAACAGUGUGUUUUGGUCAACAAAUCACUAGUCUGGCACUUGUACUCUGUGUUUCGGCCAACAUAUCACAAUGCAAUUACACAUCCUUUUCAUAAAAUAUUGUCUCCCUGACAGUAUCUACAGACUAAAGCCAGCUGCUUUCUUUUAUCCUAACUAACAGCAGUUUUCUAAUUUCUCUAGCACUUAAGACCUUUGCUUCUUUAACAUAUUCACUCUUUUAGCCACAUCAGUCACCUUUUUUGCAUAUUUAUUCUUUGACAAUGGUACAAAUUGUCAAUUACACCAUAAUUUAUUUCUUGGCGAUGUCGGAAACACAAAGGCCAUUAUCAUGUAUAAUAUAAUUUAGGUCCUUACUCCUACACUAAAAUCUAAACUAAAAUUAUUUCUAUUAAUAACUCUCCUCUUUCGACUAAUGAGGGCUCAAAAACAUUAAAAGCGUGAAAGUAACAAUAAGUUGUAUUUUUUAACACAGCACUUGGACAAUGAUAGUUUUUUCAAACGCUCCGAAGCACCAGAGCUUGUGGGAUUGUGUGUACAGAAGUAUGCUUAUGUUGUUGACCCCAAUGAUUGUUUUUUAACAAAGACAAAAAUUGUGCACCAAACUUGUUCAUUAACCAAUUUGUUCAUUAGGCGGAGCAUUUGCUACCCUAGUUUCCACUGUACUAAUAAAUUAUUGCAAUGUAUUUAUAAAUAUUAACCUUCUUAAAAGUUGUAAACAUCUCAGCUAUUUGAAAAAAGUUCCAUGUACUGCUAUUUUAUUUUAUCAUUAUUUUAACUUAAACAAUUUAAUUUUAUUAUUGAAAUUUAGCUUCUUCUCAAAUUUUUAAUUUUAAAAAUAAUAUUUGCAUUAUAAUUAGUUUUUUAAAAAAACAUAAUGACAUUUUAUACCACUUCUUCACAUACAGAUUUAAGUAUUUUAAUAAUUAGUCCAGCUAAUUAAAUUUUUAAUGCAACAAUUAAAUACUGUAUGCUUUUUUCAAAAUAUUAUUGGUCUUUCAUUUUUAUAUCCUCAGAUUGUGUCCAGCCUUGAAAGCCAUAUUUGAGCAUGGUUUGAAAAAGUCAACAAUUUUGGGUGGCCACUGCCAUCCCUGGCUAUUUAUAGAAGAGGUAGGCUUAUCUUUUUAUUUGUGAAUGGGAAAGGCAUUUCAAAAUAGUUUUUGUUUUUAUUUAAAAAGUUUCUUAAAUGGCGUUUGUUUUGAUGUUAAUUACAGUAAUAAUUUGGAUAAACAAUUUUACCCAAGAAACAAUUUUACCAAGGGCCAAGUCAAUUCAGCAUUUUGUUUUGCAUGCAUAUAUUGUUGUUAUCACACCCGUGACUUGAUGAGUCACGGAGGGUGACUUUGAAGUAUUUUUUGCUAAGGCUCAUUUUUUAUUUUUAAAUGUGAAAAUCUUGAAGAAAGUAAUGUUUCUUGAGGAAUUACAGUUGCAAGUCAUCGUUGGAACUAUCACACCCUGCCCAUCUCUUUUUUGCAUCCUUUAUAUUAACUUUGCUUUUGACCGUCUUUUUCUUUAGUGUGUUGGGACAAAAUCUUCUUACGGCUUAUUAAUCGAGCUGAAACUUGGCACAUAGGGGCCAUCCAUAAAGUACGUCAUGCUCCAGAGGGUGGGAGGGAGUGUAAGAAAGUGUGACAGUUUGUGACAGGGGAGGGGGGGGGUCAGGCCAUGUAUGAUAUCACAUAUUUAUUUUUAAAAAUUUGAUUUCUAAUCUAUUUUUUAGUGGAAUUUAAUAGCUUUAAAAAUAAUGUUCAAAAAUUUUGUGGAACAUUUGAAUUAGUUUUAUGUCAAAAUAGCAUGAAAUGCGUAUCUCCUGGGUGUGUUGUUCACGAUUCCUUUCGCUAGGAGAGCUAGUAUACUGUUGCGAAGCCUUGUUUUAUAUAUAGCCUUGCUUUCGUCAUGCCUGAAGUAUUAUUAUUUCUAUGUUGUCCACUGCAUAAUUCUGUCACUGUCCUUUUUAUUAUUUAAUCACGGUUGAGGUCAAGUUUCGCUAAUCUACUUCUUAUCCUGUGUAAAAAGAUUGCAUAAUCGGAAGAUUAUCUAAAACUUGACCUCACCUAUUGUAAAUAAAAAGCAGCAGAUAAAUGAUGUGUAUUAUAUAAUUGUCUAGUCUAAUUUUUGCAAUUUUUGUUUUCAAAUUCAAUCUAGAUUUAGUUACUGCUUCAAUGAAUAACUAUGACAACUGUUGACAAUUAACUAUUCUACUAUUAAGGUCAUUUUAAUAAUGUGAUAGUGGCAAUUAAGUGGAAAUUUUAUAUUUUAAUACAGUUUAAUAGUGAAGUGUGUUUUAGAUUAACUUUUAAUUAGGUGUUAAUUUUUUUUUUAAAUUGUUCGAAAGUGUGACAUACUUUAGGGUGAGGGUGUCCAAGAUUUGUGACAGUUUGUGACGGGGGGGGGGGGAGGGUAAAAAUGGUCCUAAAUGGCGUGACGUACUUUAUGGACGGCCCCAUAGACUCCUUGCCGAUGACAACACAUUCUUUCAAAUUUUCAGGCCUGCCCCCAACCCUCAAGGGUGAGGGUGUCCAAGAUUUGUGACAGUUUGUGACGGGGGGGGGGGGGGGUAAAAAUGGUCCUAAAUGGCGUGACGUACUUUAUGGACGGCCCCAUAGACUCCUUGCCGAUGACAACACAUUCUUUCAAAUUUUCAGGCCUGCCCCCAACCCUCAAAAAUAACUUUUAACGCUAUUAGAUACCACUGAUUUCACAAAAUAAAAUUUUCAAUAACCGCGUUCAAUGAGAUUCUUUAAAAUAUCGCCAGGACGGUUGGUGCAUAUUUUCUUUUGUUUUACAGAAAUGGUAUGAUAAAUCUGCAGUGUAAAAGCAGGUCAGGACAUUAGAAUAUUAAUAUAGUUUCAGGGCAGUGAAAAAAAUAUGCUGUUGCGAGCCUUGGGGAGGGACACUAAUUUGUAUUCAUAUAAAAUGCGUAACUUGAAUGCAUGUUUUGAACCCCACCUUCCAUUGCUUGAUAUUACAUUUAUAAAGGAUUUAUAUGAAAAACUUUGUGUUUAGGGUUUGUUUUUAUUCUCAAUCAUUUCAUCAAAUAAUGAUAAAUCCCACUUGAUGCUCCAUCUUCAGGCUGCUACUAGAGGAGUGGAGAAAGACUUCCAAAGUGUCUACUCCAGGCUGGUGUUGUGUAAGACAUACAGGCUUGAUGAGGAUGGAAAGGUGCUGACCCCAGAAGAGGUUUUGUACAGGGUAAAUUCUUUUUUUAAAGAAAAUAAUAGUAAAUCAACUAAAAAGUUAGAUAAGAGAAUUUUUUAAUUGAAAAAAGAAGAACGACUUGAAGUAUUUAUAGUGGAAAUCUUUGUUUCAUCUAUCAAUAAUUUCAACAUAGUUUUUUAAAAACAGUGCACGACCACUAAAAAUGUAUUAUUUAUCAUCAUUAAUAGAAUCUCAUACUUGAACAUGUGCAAGACAACUUAAAACUUUUUAAAAUAAACUUUUACACUCAUUGUAGAAAAAUAAGCCUUCUGUAAUAUUGCAUAUUACGGAAGGUUUUUAGAAUUAUGAGUGGGUAAAUGAAAUACAAAAUGAUCUAAGCUUCAGUAAAAGUUAUUUAAUAAGUGUCUGUUUUUAAGAAUCCUGAACUCAAAUUCUAAAAUAACUACAGGGUUCAGACAGUCUUUUAAGGUAUUUGUAAGUUUGGGGAAAUAAAUUUCUAGGGCCUGAAAAGUUUGGGAAAAUUAGAAACAAACUCCAUGAACUUUCAAAGUUUUGGGAAAAAAUUUUUUUUAAACACUCCAAAGAAUAGAAAACAAGCAGGGUAAAAUAAUUGGAAGGGAAAAACCCAUUUAACUGACAUGCGUAGAGAGCAUUUCUUAUUUAAUUCGUUAUCUGCAAUAAAGAAAUUUGUUGAUUGGUUGGUAGAUUUAUUUAAGCAAAUCAAAUUAAUCUUAACAAGUGAUCCAUCGCAUAGUAACAGCGCCUCAUUUGACUAGGCUGCAGCGGUACAAGUUCUUUGGUAAAAUUUGUCGUCAUUAUAAUUUUUUUUUUGGAUUAGCGACAUGUGCAUUUUCUAUUGAUCUCCUUCAAAUCCGCUUAACUGUUUACAAUAUUAAAUAUGUCGAGAGUUUGUAUUUUAAUGAUAUAUGGAUCGUUAAGUCAGAAUACAAGUUUUGGCCAAAAGAAAAGUAGCGGAUGACAAGAGGAAAGCCUAUUGCAAAGUUUGUAAAACAAAAACAUUGAUAACUCGUCGAUGGGUGAAGGAGCCUUGAAAAGCCAUGCAAAGGGUAAGCUACAGUAAAUUAAACCUAUUCAUCAUUCACGUGACGAAGUUAAAAUUAAGAUUGUAUAAAAUUAAAAUUUUUCUUGCUACUUUCGGGUUUUUCUAUAAUUAUUUAAUUAAGCUACUAAUUUGGAUAAGGUACUAUUAAACAUUAUAUUAUCCAGACUUGAGGCAACCAGUUCAUUUUAAUAUGAGAUUAAUUUUGAUUUAUAAUAUUAUUAUGUCAGGAUAGGCCUAAUAGUAAUAUAAUACUUUGUUGUUAAUUAUAUUUUAGGAAAAAAAUCACAUUCAUGAUGAGAAAGCUGCCUAUUCCUUUGGCUCCCAUUGUUGGAUAUUUAAGUACAACUAAUUAUGCUGACCCAGUACCAUCAUCAUUAAGGGUCUCUCAAUUGACAGGGAUCAGUACCAUCACCAUCAAGGGCCUCUCAUGGAAAGGGAUUAGUACCAUCAUCAUCAAGGGCCUCUAAUGGACAGGGAUCAGUACCAUCAUCAUCAAGGGCCUUUAAUGGAAAGGGAUCAGUAUCAUCAUCAUAAAGGGCCUCUAAUGGACAGGGAUCAGUACCAUUAUCAUCAAGGACCUCUAUUGGAAAAGGAUCAGUACCAUCAUCAUCAAGGGCCUCUCUUGAAAAGGAUCAGUACCAUCAUCAUCAAGGGCCUCUCAUGGAAAGGGAUCAGUACCAUCAUCAUCAAGGGCCUCUAAUGGACAGGGAUCAGUACCAUUAUUGUCAAGGCCUCUAUUUGAAAGGGAUCAGUACCAUCAUCAUCAAGGGCCUCUAAUGGAAAGGGAUCAGUACCAUCACCAUCUUUGGCCUCUCAUGGAAAGGGAUGAAAUAGUGAAACGAGGUAUGUGGAAGCUUGAAAUAAGGUAACAGGACAAAAAACAAGGACGUUUCGGCAUAAAGCCUUCCUCAGCCAACAAUAGAAAUGAAAAUAUAACAAAGAAAAGAACACAGUAGAAAACUCAAGCAGUAUUCAUUCGUCUCUCCGGAAGUGGGAAAACAGGAAGCGAGAGAAUAUAAAUAUUGACACUGUGAAAAAUAAAGUCCACAAUAAUAAUGGACCAGAAUAUCCAGGGAUACAUCAACAAACAGCAAUAAGAAAAUAGAUGAAAUAUAGGGAAACGGAGAAACAUCAGUAGGAUAUUAUUUGAUUAAUACCAUAUGGAGAUAUGGUGCCUGUUACGCACUGACUUGUAUUGGGAGAAAUUAAUCUCCUAUUUUAAUUUUAAUGGUAUCAUAUAAUCAACAAUAUUAAAGAUACGACCCAAAACAGUUUCUAGUUACAAUUAAUUAAGAUUUAUUAUGUCUUAAGAUAAUAACAAAAUAAAAUAAAAUAAAAUUACAAUCUUCAACUUACAGUAUGGCAGAUGUCGUACCGGUACACAGUUAAUACAAUUAGAAAUAAUGAUGCCAAUAAAUAAUGCGAAAUAAACACAUAUAAGUAGGAGCACACAAAUACACAAAUACCAAAUACUAUUUGGAACAGAUUAAUUAUUUUUAUUCGUUGGCGGCGUCAACAAGUUACUUCAAAGGCCUAAGCCACACCCCUUUGUGAACACAGCGUCUCAUGCGGGGUCAAUCAGAGGGCACGCAUGAGAAAAUAUGAUGUAAACAAGCACUCUAUAACAGUGCCAAACAGCUGAAUAAAUUUAUUUUCCAUUUUAACCCUAUCUGGUGUUUUACUGCAUGAAAUCAAUGCCGUAAUGGUUACAUCCAAAGCACCUUUAUGUUCUUUUUGGUUGAAAUGAGAAGAGACCGGGGAAGGUUUACAUUGCUCAAUACUUCCACUGAUAUGGCCUCUUAUAAAAUGGCUAUGAAUCAAAUUAGAGUUUUCAUAAUCACCACUUUUAGCUUACUCCCACCUGAAGUGGCAUGUGACUGCAGGAACCUUGCUUUCUCUCUAUUUAAAAAGACACGCCACACAGUCCAUCUCAAUUUUCUUAACAAUUGCAUCAGAUUAGGCGUCAUACUGAAGGGUUUUUGCAGCAAAUUCAACCCUAUGACUAGCUCUAAUAAUAGAGACAGAGUUAAACUCUGGUCUAUAGAGAGGAGGUCAUCAUGUCAAAGAAUGGAAGUUAUCAUUCACAGUCAUAAAAGAGAGAUCCGCAGUUUAAGUACCAAUAUCUAUCAACUUGAGGAUAGCAUUCUCUUUAAAACUAAUCAAAACCAUUUGAUGUUAAAUCUCGCUAGAUUGAUUAUACACAAACUCAACCGUGAUUUAUACUCACUCUUGUCUACCAACAAAAAGAAGAAAAUAAAUGAACUUAAACCAAAAGCUAACAUAACUCCAUGUAGGACAGAACAUGGCAAAAACUUAGUCGUUUGCAUACCUCCAGAUCUCCCUCUAACUGAUGGCGAACGAUCCCUCCUUUCUAAAGGCCUUAAAUUUAUUCCUCUCAAAUCUUCCAUAGACCGCUAUCAAUUACUAUCUGACUCUCAUCAUUAUUUUCGAUCUUUGAGACUACAGUACUACUUUUAUGGCAGAGAAAACACACAACAGGAGGAUGAAUUGUUCUCAUUUCAGAGACAGCGUAAGUCGACCUGGACACCACCAUCGGAUCAAUCCAAAGCAUUGGAUCUCUACAUCAGUAGCACUCAACAUGAUCUCAACAAUCUCUCCCUCCCAAAACUUCGCCAUUCCAACCUCUCCAAACUAGAAUCUCAGGCGUUGUCUGUGUUACGUAAACGUAACGACAUUGUGAUCAAACGUGCCGACAAGGGUGGCGCUGUCGUGGUUUGGGACAAAAAUUUAUAUAUUAAGGAGGUUGAUAAACAAUUGCAGGAUGAAAGAUUUUAUAAGCCCCUCAAGAAUAACCCUAUAGUUCAACAUAAUGAUAUUGUGUAUCAAACCAUAAAAAAACUUAUUAACGAAUCAGCUCUUCCUAAAUCGGCCUCAUCAUUACACAUUUUUAAUAGUGACCUUGGCAAACCAUCUUUCUAUUUGCUGCCUAAAAUUCACAAAGUGGGCAACCCGGGACGACCUAUUGUCUCGGCCUGCGCUUGCCCUACCGAACACAUUUCAGAAUUUCUUGAUGAAGUCUUCCAACCCUAUGUUACCUCUUUACCCUCCUACAUUAAAGAUACAAAUCACGCUUUAGUGACAUUCAAUUCUCUAAACAUCAACCCUGACACAAAACACUCACUGUUUUUACUUGAUGUCUGCUCCUUAUACACAUCAAUCCCACAUACUGACGGCCUUAGGGCCUUGAAAUUUUUCCUAGAAAAAAAACCGCACUCCUCUAUUCCUACUGACACUAUCAUCAGAUUGGCUGAACUGGUACUUGAACUUAACUCCUUUGAAUUUAAUGGCCAUUUCUUUGACCAAAUUAGUGGUGUAGCCAUGGGCACCAAAAUGGGCCCCAGCUAUGCUUGCCUAUUCAUGGGUCAUUUUGAAUAUAUGGCAGAGAGGGCGUAUACUGGCCAUAUUCCUGAAUUUUAUAGGAGAUACAUAGAUGACGGCAUAGGCAUCACAAGCAUGGAAACUAAUGAUCUCCAGAAAUUUAUAGAUUUUUUAAACUCAUUUCACCCAUCAAUAAAAUUUACUUCUCAAAUCUCUGGAAAUUCUGUCAACUUCCUUGAUAUCACCGUAACUUUGAAAGAAAACGUAUUGAUUACAUCUGCCUACUACAAACCUACUGACAGCCAUAGUUACCUAUUGUACUCAUCCUCCCACCCUAAAUCAUGCAAAGACUCCAUACCUUUCUCACAACUUCUUAGACUACGGCGUCUCUGCCAAAUUGAUGAGGAAUUUCUAGAAAGAGCCGAUGAAAUGAUGGAUUUCUUCCGCUCCAGAUCCUAUCCUGAAACUACUCUGGUCUCAGCACUAGAUCGCAUCAGCACGAUCACACGAAAAGAGGCUUUUAAAACUCGCCCUAACAACAAUGAGGAUCGUACCAAACUUAUACUAACCUACCACCCUCACAAUUUAACUGCCAAAAAAAUAUUCCUAAAAAAUCGUAGCAUACUUCUUGCUGACCCUGAUACCAACAGGGUUUUCUCAUCCCCUCCACUGAUUGUCUUUAGACGGGACAGAAAUCUAGGUGACCUUCUGGUUCAUAGUCGCCUUCGAUCUGAACCGUCUUACGUUGGUACUAAACCAUGCUUAAGAGGCCGCUGCAGAACUUGUCCCUUUACACUCCAAACUGAUAGCAUUGGCCUCCCUAAAGGUACUUUUACCAUUAAGGAGGGUUUCACCUGUGUCAGCAGAAAUGUAAUAUAUGCGAUUGUUUGCCGUAGAUGCCAAUCAAGUUACAUAGGGGAAACUGGGAGAAGAUUGGCUGAUAGGUUUACUGAACAUCUAAGGGAUAUUGAGCAAUGUAAACCUUCCCCGGUCUCUUCUCAUUUCAACCAAAAAGAACAUAAAGGUGCUUUGGAUGUAACCAUUACGGCAUUGAUUUCAUGCAGUAACACACCAGAUAGGGUUAAAAUGGAAAAUAAAUUUAUUCAGCUGUUUGGCACCAUAUCUCCAUAUGGUAUUAAUCAAAUAAUAUCCUACUGAUGUUUCUCCGUCUCCCUAUAUUUCAUCUAUUUUCUUAUUGCUGUUUGUUGAUGUAUCCCUGGAUAUUCUGGUCCAUUAUUAUUGUGGACUUUAUUUUUCACAGUGUCAAUAUUUAUAUUCUCUCGCUUCCUGUUUUCCCACUUCCGGAGAGACGAAUGAAUACUGCUUGAGUUUUCUACUGUGUUCUUUUCUUUGUUAUAUUUUCAUUUCUAUUGUUGGCUGAGGAAGGCUUUAUGCCGAAACGUCCUUGUUUUUUGUCCUGUUACCUUAUUUCAAGCUUCCACAUACCUCGUUUCACUAUUUCAUUCAUUUACAUAGCUUGAAAGCAGUCCCUUCAUUUAUUUCUUCAUGGAAAGGGAUCAGUACCAUCACCAUCUUUGGCCUCUCAUGGAAAGGGAUCAGUACCAUCAUCGUCAAGGGCCUCUAUUGGAAAGGGAUCAGUACCAUCAUCAUCAUUGGCCUCUCAUGGAAAGGGAUCAGUACCAUCAUCAUCAAGGGCCUCUCAUGGAAAGGGAUCAGUACCAUCAUCGUCAAGGGCCUCUAUUGGAAAGGGAUCAGUACCAUCAUCAUCAAGGGCCUCUAAUGGACAGGAAUCAGUACCAUCACCAUCUUUGGCCUUUCAUGGAAAGGGAUCAGUACCAUCACCAUCUUUGGCCUCUCAUGGAAAGGGAUCAGUACCAUCAUCAUCAUUGGCCUCUCAUGGAAAGGGAUCAGUACCAUCAUCAUCAUUGGCCUCUCAUGGAAAGGGAUCAGUACCAUCAUCAUCAAGGGCCUCUCAUGGAAAGGGAUCAGUACCAUAACCAUCAUUUGUCUCUCUUGAAAAGGGAUCAGUACCAUCAUCAUAAAGGGCCUCUAAUGGACAGGAAUCAGUACCAUUAUCGUCAAGGGCCUCUAUUGGAAAGAGAUUAGUACCAUCAUCAUCAUGGGGCUCUAAUGAACAGGGAUCAGUACCAUCACCAUCAAGGGCCUCUCAUGGAAAGGGAUCAGUACCAUCAUCAUCAAGGGCCUCUAAUGGAUAGGGAUCAGUACCAUUAUCGUCAAGGGCCUCUAUUGGAAAGGGAUCAGUACCAUCACCAUCUUUGGCCUCUCAUGGAAAGGGAUCAGUACCAUCAUCGUCAAGGGCCUCUAUUGGAAAGGGAACAGUACCAUCACCAUGUUUGGCCUCUCAUGGAAAGGGAUCAGUACCAUCACCAUCUUUGGCCUCUCAUGGAAAGGGAUCAGUACCAUCAUCGUCAAGGGCCUCUAUUGGAAAGGGAUCAGUACCAUCAUCAUCAAGGGUCUCUAAUGGACAGGAAUCAGUACCAUCAUCAUCUUUGGCCUCUCAUGGAAAGGGAUCAGUACCAUCAUCAUCAAGGGCCUUUAAUGGAAAGGGAUCAGUACCAUCAUUAUCAAGAGCCUCUCAUGGAAAGGGAUCAGUACCAUCACCAUCUUUGGCCUCUCAUGGAAAGGGAUCAGUACCAUCACCAUUUUUGGCCUCUCAUGGAAAGGGAUCAGUACCAUCAUCAUCAAGGGCCUCUAAUGGACAGGAAUCAGUACCAUCACCAUCAUUGGCCUCUCAUGGAAAGGGAUCAGUACCAUCAUCAUCAAGGGCCUUUAAUGGAAAGGGAUCAGUACCAUCAUUAUCAAGAGCCUCUCAUGGAAAGGGAUCAGUACCAUCAUCAUCAAGGGCCUCUAAUGGACAGGGAUCAGUACCAUCAUCAUUAAGGGCCUCUCAUGGACAAAGAUCAACAGCAAAACCUGUUAAUAUUUAGUCUUACUGCUCAAAGACGGAAGUGCUUUACUCUUAAAUCAUUUGAACAAUGAAAUGUCCAAAUAGCCAUUACCGCUUCAGUUCUUCCAAAGGCACUGCAGAUUGUUUCAAGGCUGUGCUUCCAGCUUGUGAAGAACCACAACAGUUUGCAUGUGCUGAUAGGAAGUCUGCAUAUCUCAGCACUUUUGGUAUAGUAACCUACUUUGCUGAUAAGCUUUAAAAAAAUUUUUUUUAAGAUCAGCUUCUACUUAUGUUCUGAUAUUUGAUAAAACAAUGAACAAACAGAUCAAAGAAAAGCAAAUGGAUAUAUAUGUUUGAUGAAACAAUGAACAAAGAAAUGCAAGAAAAGCGAAUGGAUAUUUAUGUUCACAUCUGUGGUGUAAAUAGAGUUAGUUCAUUUUUCUACUCAUCCCAUUUUCUUGGACAUGCAACUGCUGAAAGUUUGUGAAAAAAUUCAGUCUGAUUAGCAAGGACACAGGUUUUAGCUGGAAAUGGAAACUAAAGUUUAAGUUGUGGACCAAAUAUUUUACACAAUGCUUUCCGUAAUGGAUGUGCUGUAGCCUCCUCCUGGAGUUUUCCCGAGCUGUGGGUGGUUGUUCAGAAAUUCCAUUAGUUAUCACAUGGCCAGACGAGAGUUGAAAGAGGAUUCUCUGUGAAUAAAGAGUCACUGUUGAAAAUGUAAAGGAUGAUAGUUUCUGUGCUCAAAGACUGAUAAUUGAUCAAGUCAGAAGAGCUGAUAGUUUAUGUGCUCAGAGACUGGUAAUUGAUCAAGUCAGAUGAGCUGGGGACAUCAUAAAUCUCCCAAGAGUUGUUGAAUUUUCCCUAAUAAACAAGGAUGAAAUACACUUUGUAUCUGGAAAAGCAGCAAGAAGAAACAAGUGGAGGAGUUGAAAUUUAAAAAAUAAAAAAAGCCAGUGUAGUUACCUUACCCAACUGCAAAGCCAAAGAGGCUGAACUUAAAAGAGACUUCUCUUUUAUCUGCACAUCAAAUGCAUUACGAGCAAGUGCAUCAGAUAAGAGAAGGAAGUACUUAAGCUCAAAAAACUUAUUGCUGACAUAGAAGGAGGCCAACAUUAAAAUAUAGUGAAAUUUAUUUCUUUUAAUGCAUUAAAUGGUGUAUUAUUUGUGUAAAUAUUAAGUGUACUGUUCAAAUUUUUGUUCAAAACCACUGGAUACAACUGGGCAGCCAAGACAUUUUUAAAUAUUUUGCCUAAGACAUUUCUUCAUUUGUCUGUGCCUGAUGAGUGGUCAUGAUUACUAUGGUUUUGUGCCUGAUGAGUGGUCAUAAUUACUAUGGUUUUGUGCCUGAUGAGGGGUCAUGAUUACUAUGGUUCUGUGCCUGAUGAUUCAUCAUGAUUACUAUGGUUUUGUGCCUGAUGAGUGGUCAUGAUUACUAUGGUUCUGUGCCUGAUGAUUCAUCAUGAUUACUAUGGUUUUGUGCCUGAUGAGUGGUCAUGAUUACUAUGGUUUUGUGCCUGAUGAGUGGUCAUGAUUACUAUGGUUUUGUGCCUGAUGAGUGGUCAUGAUUACUAUGGUUCUGUGCCGUGUGAUUCGUCAUGAUUGCCAUGGUUCUGUGCCUUAUGAUUCAUCAUGAUAACUUUGUUUCAAACAAUAAAUUCAAACAAGUUACUUUUGAACACUAAGCUGAAUCAAAUAUAUAUCUAAAACAUUAAACAUACAUAUUACAUAUAUAUUUACAAAAACUAUAGGAUAUAUUUGAUAUCUCUACAAGGAUAGGCAGACUAUUGUCUUUAUAUUUUUUAUACUUGAGGGUGAUAAAUAAAUUUGAAUCUAUGCCAUAUGAGUUUGUUAUGUUUUCCCCAUAGAAUAUGAUAAUAAAUAAGUAUUUGAAUUUUAAAAAAAAUGUUUUUUGACCGUUUGGAAAAAGUUUAUAAAUUCUGGACCUUUAAGUCUGUGUUUAACUUAUUCGUUUCUGCAUUUGUUUUUGUAGGCAGUACAAGCAGUCAAUAUAAGCCAUGAUGCUUGCCAUGCACAGAUGGAUGUGAAAUUCAGAUCUCUAAUUUGCUGUGGGCUUAAGUAAGUAGUUUUCAAAAAUAAUUUAUUAAGCAUUUAUCAAAUCAAUAAAGUUACAACAUAAAAACUUCAUUUAGGAUAAUUAUGCAAACGGAAAAUAGAAAAUCAUUGAGAUAAACUAAGCUAUGAAUUCAUACAAAUUAGAUAUUUUAAUAUUUUCCACAUUGACUUUUAUUUAUGUUGGGAUGUUUUUUGAGAUAAAAAUGUAAAGAGCAGCAAAAUAAAUUAGGUAGCUAUAAUGAACUUAUGCUGAUGGCACUUAUUCAGUAAAAUGUUGCUUACAACGGCUGGUUAACCUUUUGAAUCCAUGGCUCCUGGUCCUAAAAGACCCAUGCCCCAGGGCUUCUGGGGAAAAUUUAUACAAACAGACAUACAAGCAAACAAAAUUCCAUGCAAUAUAAAUUUGUAUGUCAGUAGCCGAUUACUGUCAUAAAAUGAUCAGAAUUGGUCAUCUGAUUUUCCUAAAAACCAGCGCCCACACUAGGUAUAGACCUUGUUGUUUCUUUAUUUCCCAAAGCACACAUUCUGGUUGAAGUACAUCGAUUGUCAUUAUCAUUGUCUAAUUAUUUUUAUUAUAAUCCCGUUUCUAAACAUAAUAAUCCUUUGAACCAUUUACAUUUAUCAUCAACCUGCUCUCGUUUCAGUCCUAAAUAGAAUAGCAUUUUUGCAUAUAUUUUUUUCUCUAUUAUACAUUGUAAAUUAUUACUAAAACAUUAGAAAAAGAAUGCAUCCAUGGGCCCUGCUAUUGACUUUUUAAAAGCCACAUUGUAAACUGUGUCCCCAGUUUUUACUACACAUUUCUUAUAUAGGGACCAUCGAUUUAAGGUAAGGGUUGGGAGACCAAAAUAUCUGUCGGGCGGGGCAUGGAUUUUAAACUCACUUAUCGAUAAGACGGGCUGAGAGGGUUAAAUUACAGUUUGUAUUUAUUAAUUAUAACUGAACGUUUGCUCAACUUUUCUUUGAGUUCACUUAUAUUAAGAAAUGAUGCUGUUCACUGAUUAAAACAAAAAUGUUUUCGCUCAUUAGCCCACUUUGAUAUUAACAUUUAUCUUAUUUAAAAUUAAUGAAUUAUUGAGAAAGUGCAUUUUGGCAAAGAUAUAUUUAUCUUAGGUUCAUGUUGCGUUAUAUUCUCAAAGAUUUGGCACCAGAGCUACGGGAGACUAGUCCAAAGUUAACAAUUCAUUGAUAUAAACAUAGCUAUACAAAUAUGUUAAAUGUGGCAAUAAAUGCUUACACUCUUUCUUGUACCCAGCGAGCAGGUUCUGCACCUGUGGCUAGAGACUCUAUGUUCAUGCAUGGAUGUCAUUGAGAAGUGGUACCAUCCUUGGUCUUUCAUGAGAAGCCCUGGCUGGGUUCAGAUCAAGUGUGAGUUGAGGUAAGCAUUUUAAUUGAUUGCAUUCUGGUUUCAUUAUCUCCCUUGCACUACUUUUUAACAAUGCUUUGGAAUGCCCCUUGAAUUGGACUAAUAAACCUAUCAGUUAAUUCAUUGGACUUUAAUGAAUUAAUGUACAAUUUUAUGCUUAAUUAACAUGUGGCUUCAGUAUCUAUAGUUCUAACAUUUAACUGCUCAGAGAAGGUAACUUUUGACUUUCACACCGGUUUUGUUUGGUCUUUGAAUAAACUACAAUUGUCUAAAAUUAAAAAGAGAAAGAUCACUAAGAAAAGUUAAGGAAAGAACUAAAUUUAAUGAUUGCUGUUGUUUUAAAAAAGUCCAUUUCUAAGAUUCUUAAAUAGUUUGGUACAAGCCACUUAUCAUUGUGCAUUAAUUUUUUAAACUGUUGUAUGGUAUUUAAUGAUAUUGUGGAUACAUCUAUAACCAUUGUAACUUUGUUAGCCGUAGAUUAAAUAUUGUCUUCUUGGCUGAUUAUUGAAAGGGGAAUCUGGUAACACCCUACAAUCAGACAGUAAAACUUCACAAAAAUGGGCAAAGUCUUCUAAAUUUAGAUGAUUGAAUAAAGCAAAUGCUCACUUUCACUACAUUUUAACGCCAAGUAAAUAAAGAAUCUGUAUUUUUUUUAAAAUAUUUACAAGUACACAUUUAAAAUAAUUAACUAAAAGUUCAGCUCCUGACAUCCAGAUAGAAAUCUGCUCAUCUAACGAAUAGCAACUUUUUUAAAAUGAUCUGGAAUCAACAAGUUUUACGAAUGUUAGUUCUGAUCAUGGCUCAAAGCUGAACAUUUAUUUUAUACAAGUAAAUAUUUGUCAACAAAUUACUUUGAACCUGACUUUAUGUAUGGUUUCAUUUCUCAUUUCUUACAAGCACAUUUGGCUACACGUGGAUAUCAUUGUGAAUGUUACAGCUAAGAAUUCCUCUAUCCUAAUGUUAUGCUCUCGUGCCUUGAAUAAACACUUAAUCUUUCCUAUGGGCUUUUCCUUAAGGCAUCAUGACAUGUAUUUGGGCCUUAUGUGAAGCUUGAGUAUUUGCUUUUCGCCCAUUAUGUCAGCUUAUUUAUUUAACUAAAUACCACAUUUUUUUUUUUUUUUUUAAUGUGUGGAUUUCUGAGUGAAAGUGGGAUCAAGUUCAGUAAAUAAUUCUCUUCUUAGGUUUCUUCUUUUUGUUCACAUCUAAUCUACAGUCACAAACAGUUAAGUUGAGAUCUGACAAUGUUUAAAUUUUUUUUUUUUUUUUUUUAAUGUGUGGAUUUCUGAGUGAAAGUGGGAUCAAGUUCAGUAAAUAAUUCUCUUCUUAGGUUUCUUCUUUUUGUUCACAUCUAAGCUACAGUCACAAACAGUUAAGUUGAGAUCUGACAAUGUUUAAAUACCACUUUACAGCUCUACCAAACAAUUGCUACGUCCUUGCUCUUGGCCUUCAUAUCCUUGCUCUUGGCCUUCACAUCCUUGCUCUUGGCCAUCACAUCCUUGCUCUUGGUCUUCACUUGUCCACCAGCUACAAAAUGAUUAUGUUAAAUGUUAUAAUUGCAAAUGAUAGUUUUGCAAGGAUCUCUCAAAUCUUUACCACCAUGCUCCAUUGUUGUCUUCUUGUCACUAAGGGAGUGAAGUUUUAUGGUGUAUUACUGCUGUUUUCUGCACUGGAGAGAAAAAAUGAUGAUGUCUUGUGUUUAAAUUGUUCUUGUUUCAAAAUAUUGUCUUGUUUAGAAUACUUAUUCAUUAUGUCUGAAGUUGAACAUGUACAUUGACAUAAAAACAAACAUUUCCAUUUAUCUAGAUCAGUAACAGAAUAUCUUAUAUGGUGCCCACAGUUCGUUUAAUCAUAUACACAUCUUUAAUCAUAUACACAUUGGCCACAUCAACAUUAUUAUGUAAUCUUAGGAUGACAACAGUUUGCAAGUGAAAUAUGAAAUAUGUACCCUUCUAUACCCCCCCCCUUUUUUUUCUCUCUCUCUCUCUCUCUGUCUGGUCCUUACUAAAUGUGUGCAAACUUCCAAGAUCGAACCACAAAACAGUGUCUGAUUAUUUUACUCACUACUAAGGCGCAUAAUGACAAAAACUUCUAGUGUUUAAAACCCCUUUUUGGUGGUACCUGAACGUAAGUCAAGUAAGUCAUUGUAUGCUAAUCAGGUACAACAUCCUGAUGUUGGGGGUAGAUAGUUUCACUGGCAGCUAUGCAACUGAUUUGAUAUCAAACUCAAUCUGCCUUCCUUGUCCUUUGGGAUGUAGAGUAAUGGAACAAGCGGUUUGACAUAAAAUAAAUUACCAAUUCUCAAUUUUGUUUUUUUUUUUGUUUUCCCACCUCUGAAAGAGUAGACGCAUUUCGCCAACCCCCUCCCAAAAUGUGAGUAACAUCAUUCAUUACUGAACUUUAGAUGUAACUUCCCAAGAACAUUUCAAGCAUUGGUCCAACUGCAGCCAUCUGCGCACUCACAGACAGAAUCAGAACAAGCACAAAUCCCACGAUUAAAAUGGUCUUGAUCGAUCUCGAGGGAGGGUCGAAACAAUAACCUAUCUUAUUGCUCUAUAUUUUGAUGGACUUUGAUAUUUAAGAACCCCCUGAACUCAUCAGCUACAUCAUCAAAACCUCGGGUGUAUUGAUCAAGGAUUAAUAACAAGUUUUUCUCUGGUUCCUGCCCUUCCUAUCUUACUGAAAUUCUUUCUGUCUAUUCACCCAUUCGAAAGCUUCAGCUUCAUUCCUCCGCAGACACGCGUAUUCUUUCUGUUCCCAGUACACGCACUAAAAUGUAUGGUGAACGAUCUUUCUUUCUGUGCCUCAAAACAAUGGAAUUCUGUCCCAUUACACAUCCGCAAUAUACCGACCUUUUCAGCCUUGAAAAUUGCCCUCAAGACCCAUCUCUUCAAACUGUCCUAUAGUGACUCACCCCCCCCCCUUCCCUUCUAACUGAUAAACAACGCUUGAUGCUCUGGAUGCUGUCCAUGGUUAGACAGGGGUAGAUUGUACUUGGGUGGGUGAGGUCAAGCUUUUUACCAAUUAUUGUUUUUAUAAUUCUCUGUAAUUGCUAAUUUUUAUGUGAAGCGCAGUGAGCCUAGCCCUAGGCUGGGGUACUGCGCUAUAUAAAAUCAUCUUAAUAAUAAAAAUAACAUUGUUACGCACUGCCUUCUAUUGUGAGAAACUAAUAUCUUAUUUUAUGUUCAUGGCUCGUUCUUAACAGGUGUGUAACAAACAUAUGAGGAAUAUAACAAACAAAAAAUACGACACUCAAAACAGUAGCUAAUUACAAUUAAUAAGAUUUAUUUAAGUAUCAAUAUAAUUACAAAAUAAAAUAAAUAUAAUUAAAAAUCAUCAACUUACACAGUAGGAUAUGUCUUGUACCGGUACACAGCUAAUACAAUGUGCCAAUUAAUAUGGUACAAUGAUGAAUGAGAAUAAACAUAUGAGUACACACAGAAUAAUACACGUGUGUCUUGUGAAGUAAAAAUAUUAUCUUCCUCUAUGAAUCUCUCUCUCUUAAUGUUCUCUGAAAUCCUUAUAUAUGCAGCGUAAGACGCAUUCCAGAAACGCCUUACCCAUUGUUUACCUGUCUAUCUCACUCCCGAACUUUCCACAAAAUUCUAUUAGAGCAUAUUAAUUAUUUUUAGUUGGUAGUGGUAGUAAACAAAGGCCAAGAUCAAAGGGAAUAGGCCACGCCCAAUACGAACGCAGCCUAAUUUAGGCUGAAAAAGAGUUCAUGGCAUGGGGAAAGUGACGUAAACACGUCUUCUACACAACAAACAUACUGGUUUUUGAAACCGACUUGUAGUUAAAACUAGGAUGCCACCCUCUGAUUUGAUUCACUUUGUAUUCAUUGAUUACAACGUGUGAAGUUGCCAUUUCUUUGAGGGCCAAAGCUGUAUAUAGACCACAAUUUAUCCUUGCUUCCAAUAAAUGUCUCUGGUUUUGAACAUCCAUUAAGAUUAAAUGCUAAUUUACCCCCCUCCCCCCGGCCUCAUACAACUACUCCCGGCCUCUUAUUAUGACAAUAAUGAUAUGAUAAUACGCCGUUAUGUAGCACCACUGGUUCAUACUAUUUCGUAGUGACACUUAACGCAUACGUGGUGGGUUUGUUGUUUUUUUUUUGUUUCCUUGUUGUUGUUUUUUCAAAUAUGGGCACCGCGUCUCAACACGUGCAGGUGCGCGCAGGCUGCCCGUAUAAUUUUGUGCGAGGGACUGCGGUAAGACAGUAACAUUCCGCAAGCCACCAGCCGUGCGGUGUUACAGCGUGCAGGUCGCGGGUGUUUCCUGUUCACCACGCAAACAGAGGAAUGUUGAAACUUUUAAUUAGCAGCUCCACCCCAAUUUCAAGGUGCAGAUAUUGGGGCAAAUCAAUCUGAAAUGUCUUAUCUACAUUCGGAAGGCGUUUUCGUGUCUCAACUCGAACCAUGUCCUCAGUCAAGACAGCGCUGAAAUAGCUAACAUCCCAAAACAACUAUGAUGAUACACGAGGGUCGCCUUAUAUAGGUGACAUGCAGUGGUUAGGUCAAAUAAGGAGAUCAGAAUUUAAACCCCCAAACAAUUAAAACUUAAUUUCAUGUAUGGCAUGAGCGACAAAUGUCACUGCCCGUUUGGCUGUUGUCCUACUGACCCGCAUUCAAAUGUGCUUAAGAGAUUGAAAAUAGGGCAAGUUUUAUAAAUGGCGUAAAAGCAAUUUUUUUUUCUCAUUUUGCCUAUUCUGGAGUCGUAUAUAUUUAAUUACCAUGUUACCGUACCUGUUCAGAUAAGCGCGCCAAAUAUUUUCAAGCAAUGCAUUUUUUUAAAUAAAAUUUAAACGUGGUUCGUUAUAGACAUGGUCUUCCUUCAUCAUUAGCAUGACAUUACUUACGCGACUCAAACGGCCCCAUAAUUGAGAACUAAAUGCCCCAUAACAUCGAUACUUAAAACUUAGUUCUUCUUGUCGUGCCAAAUCUAUCAGGCAUGUUGGUUAGUCUCGAUGCCUUUAUGGCCGUUUCUCCUGUUGAUAAAAUGCUGGUUCAAGUUUUCCAGGCGUCUAUGAAGUGCCAUUAUCUGUAGUUGAUACUGGAAUUGAGGCGUGACAUGAACAGUGGUCCAGGGGUGGGCAUGAACAGUGGUCCAGGGGUGGGCGUGAACAGGGGUCCAAGGGUGGGCAUGAACAGUGGUCCAGGGGUGAGCAUGAACAGGAGUCCAGGGGUGGGCAUGAACAGGGGUCCAGGGGUGGGCAUGAACAGUGGUCCAGGGGUGGGCAUGAACAGGGGUCCAGGGGUGGGCAUGAACAGGGGUCCAGGGGUGGGCAUGAACAGUGGUCCAGGGGUGGGCAUGAACAGUGGUCCAAGGGUGGGCAUGAACAGUGGUCCAGGGGUGGGCAUGAACAGUGGUCCAGGGGUGGGCAUGAACAGUGGUCCAGGGGUGGGCAUGAACAGUGGUCCAGGGGUGGGCAUGAACAGUGGUCGAAGGGUUGGCAUGAAGAGUGGUCCAUGGGUGGAAACAGGAGUGCAAGGGUGGGCAUGAACAGGGGUCCAAGGGUGGGCAUGAACAGGGGUCCAGGGGUGGGCAUGAACAGUGGCCCAGGGGUGGGCAUGAACAGUGGUCCAGGGGUUUGCAUGAACAGUGGUCCAGGGGUCGGCACUAACAGUUUUCAAUGGGUUGGCAUGAACAGUGGUCCAUGGGUGGGCUUAAAUAGUGGUCCAAGGGUGGGCAUGAACAGUGGUCCAGGGGUUGUCAUGAACAGUGGUCCAUGGAUGGGCAUGAAUAGUGGUCCAUGGGUGGGCUUAAAUAGUGGUCCAAGGGUGGGCAUGAACAGUUUUCAAUGGGUUGGUAUGAACAGUGGUCCAUGGGUGGGCUUAAAUAGUGGUCCAAGGGUGGGCAUGAACAGUUGUCAAUUGGUUAGCAUGAACAGUGGUCCAUUGGCAGCCAUGAAUAGUGGUCCAAGUGUGGGCAUGAACAGUGGUCCAAGGGUGGACAUGAACAGUGGUCCAAGGGUGGGCAUGAACAGUGGUCCAAGGGUGGGCAUGAACAGUGGUCCAAGGGUGGGCAUGAACAGUGGUCCAAGGGUGGGCAUGAACAGUGGUCCAAGGGUGGGCAUGAACAGUGGUCCAGGGGUGAGAGGCAAUUAAACAAUAUUUCUUCCUAUUGUUAACAUUGAGUGAAGAUACAAUUGGGAAAGACGUUUUUUUUUAAAUUUCAAGUCUUGUCCACAUAUCAGGUUUAGACAUUGUGGCCAUGGUUACACAACGCCUACAAUGCCACUCUAUGUUAUAACUUACAGUGCGUGUACUUAUUUAUGUUUUAACACAUAUAAAACAAUGAAACUCGCCUAUACAAAUUACCUCUUUUGGAAGUAAGUACGACUCUGUGCGACAUUUAUCAUUUUCUUACAGUAUCCUGCUUAUCACUGAAUUAUGGUUUGUAUCUUGAUCCGAUUGUUGUUUUGGUUUUUAUUGCUGAAACCAAAGAUAAUUUCUGGAUCCGGAAAUAUACUAUCACAGAACUCAACAUUAGUCCGCCUGGUUGGCUCAGCUCCCUAAAAAGGCUCUUUACGCGUUGCGCAUUUUUAUAGUUGCACUUUACUCACCCACUCAGUCACGACACAGGGAUAGUAUUUAACCCCACUGAUGAGAGAUAAUCUUUCUCAACAGCAAACUUUUUGAGUUUUUUUUUUUGUUUGUUAAUGUAGUUAAAACUGGCAAUCGCGCUGUUAUUUAUGCAAUUAUUAUACAAAAAGCCGUGCUCAACUCUUCUUUCUUUUCAUCUGAUGAUCUCUUCUCUUCAGUUUAUUUGGCUUGGAAUGAGCUGGUUUCGUUCAUGGGACAUGCUUAGAACAUGGCCAAGGAAAACAUGGCAGGUGAUUGACCUCUACUCUUUAAGGGACUCACUUGACAUUUCUCAGAUACAUACAGAUGCGCCUACUAUUUUUGUGACGGCCUUCAGAUUUGUGAGCUGGUGAUAGAAGCAAUAUUCUUGCUUGGUUUUAUUGGAUUCUCUAUUCGAAAGCCUUAGAAUUUUUAAAAUGAAAAGAAAAUUGUUUUACUUAUUUAAGUAACACAUUCAUGGCUGUGAUCCGUAAUAAAAUAGUUUAAUAAAAUCACGAAAACCUUGAUUUAAUUUGCCUUUUUUUUUCCCCUUAAACUGCAGGAAUAUUUUUUUUUUAUUUUAUUUUAAAUCAAAAAGUUCAAGAACUCCAGCAACAAAAAGCAGUCUUAGCAUCAAAAUUAAAACAAAGAAAAACAAUCACACUGCAUUUUUUUUUUAAAAUCACCACCUUUAAAAAAAAGGAACUAAAAAAUGAUUUGUUGAAAGUAGUUGCUUUUGCCACUAAACAUCCUUCGGUAGCCAAUUAUCCCCGUGACCUUUUCGGUUUUCAUUACGCCAUUAACCCUAAGUGUCCCUGGCAUCUCUACAUGAUGUAUCGCUCGCUUAUUGCAAACGCAUUACCAAGCCGAUGCUCCAUCCUCCAAGUAUCGCCAAAUUUCUGCCAUGUAGCGCCUGGGCGCAGACGACAAACUCGGUCCGUCGGCGUUGCUGUAUCUUAUGCUUAUUUACCUUUCAGAUUUUUAGUUACCUGGAUGUGCUUGAAUCGCUCACCUGUCUUUCACGCCCGUUGUUAGACAUUCUUUUCUUUUUUUUUUUUUUUUUUUUUUUGAAGAGGCGCCCUCUUCAUUUUUUUUUCCUCUUCUUUUUCCUUCUUUAAGAAUUCUCUUGGUAUUUCCAGUCACUCUAGCUGUUCAAGUCGUGAACUGUAAGAUGAUAGAGCACUAUAUUGUAAGGACUGACAACUCGAAGAGUGGCCCUGUCUUGUGGGCCUCAACAAGAUGAGACACGAACAAUACAACACGUCUUUAUUGGUAUUCAACCAGAUAAUAUAUUUCUACCCAUGAAAGAUCGGUUGAGAUGGCAGUGUAUAUCUGUUUCUUGAGUGAUAUCACGAAGGAAGGUUUAUGAGGGUUAAACUCUCUGAGGGCGGAAAAUACUUGAUGUAUUGCCGGAAAAUUCGAACAGUCCAAUCCAUGCUCUAGGAACGAUUGACGAUGUUUAAAUGUUUAGUGGUUAUGUUUCAAGCUGAAACGGGCUGAAUGAUUUACAGCCGUCCAAUCCAAUAUUUAGUAUCCUUAUUGUUGUUUAUCCACUGUACCGAAAAAUUCUUUCUACCUCCACUCCAGAGACGGACCGCUCUGAUUACCGGCUCAUAGCUAAUACUAGUUAUCUUUAAACUUCUAUGUUCAUCAAUGGCCAUGUACUAGCAGUAUGCAAGUAGCCAUAGUCGGGCUGAUGAGGAAUGUUUGGAAUUUCCUUGUAACUCAAAGCCCGAGAAGGCUUAGCGUGUGAUUUGAAAAAAAAAUCUUGUAUUGUUAUUAUACUGUUGUAUUUAAACCCAACAUGAUUUUUUUGAAAAUGUCGUUUAUUAGAAAUGCGCUUUAAAAUUAUGAAACAUCUUCAUUUAGAAAUGUCUCCUUCUGAGAAGCCUCGUUGUGAAUAUCGUAGGUUGCGACCUCUUUUUGAGUUCCACUUACACAAAAUAUAUUGAUAGAAAAGAAUUGUUAGAGCCCAGGAUAGCCAAAUAUGUAUACACUAGCCAAUAUACCCGGCGUGUCCCGCGAUUGUAUUCGGAAAAACAACUUUUACAGGCCGUUACCUAGCAUCGAAUUAAGUGGCCUGUUAAAACAAAACACAUCGCUAAGAAAAUGUUAAAAAUAUUUUUUUUUAAAUUCUCCUCUUUAAAAAAAACAACUCAUUUAUAAAAUACGAUUCGAAAUCUAGAUCCCGUUGGAAUCCCGUUCACGGUGUGACCCUGCCCCCAUCGGCAUCCCGAUUGGAAAAACGAAAUGAGUCCCCUGGUCCCAAAGGCGUGGAUACUUUGAGGUAUUUGAAUUUGUAUCAUCAAGUGUAUGUGUACUACGUUUUGGUCUCGAGCCAUCCAUUGAUGCAGGAGUGUUUGUUGAUAAUUUUAUUGAUACAGCUCAUGUAAGAAAAAAAACUAAAUUUAAGGCCCCUGGCCCCAGGGGAAUAUUUUUUAAGGUUAUUCUCCCCCCCCCCAAUUAGUCUUUCUUUCUGGAUAACGAUGGAUAUGUGUGCCGAAUUUUGGUCAAGGUCCAUCAAUCCAUGUAAAAACGUAUGGGGAACAAACAAACCCUCAAAGAAAUUUUUACUUUUAUAGAUGUGUAUGAUAUAGAUGUGUUCCCUGCAAUGCUAUACAAAGUCGCAGACAGAAACAUGGAAUAAUCAUUUAGUUCAAUCAUUAUUUACACAUGGCCGCUACCUUUGUUUGAGUGGGUCAAAUAGACUGAUUUUUUUUACAAAUCGGACACUUUCUUAAGCUGCCUUUUAGACAAAUUGUAGAACUCGAGAAGAAACCACACCAACAAAAAGCAACAAAAAAAAACAAACAAAAACGCGUGCUUCAUACGAUGACAACCAAAACGACCUAUUACUAACUGUCUUAGCAGAUCUAUAAAUAUGGCGCUGAUCCCACGUGCCAUGUCGAACGUAACAGUAAACAGGUGGUCUGACACUUUUGUCUGGCUAAUUAUCAUUUAAGCUCACUCUUGUAACGGCUCCACCUAACCCCGUCUUCCAGCAGCACCACCGCCACUUCCCCCCCUCCUCCUCCCCUCCUCCCCCCCCCAACCUCUUAACCAUUUGCACGCGUAGGUAUCUGCUAAAGGGAUACGUUUAUGACAUCUGUUGAAUUUUCGCUUAACGUCCUUGACAUUUCAGUUUCCGCCGUUUCGGCGCAAGGGUGCUGAUGGAUUAAUACAAGCCACGAGGUCGGGACGAGUGUCAAAAUAAGUGAGAUGAAAUUCGAUGAACGCGUGGUAAAUCGGGUUAGGCUCAGUUUCUUCUUAUCCGAAGGUCAUUGUCUGCUUGUGUCAUUGAUGCCAGAAUCUAUCAUCUAUUUUUGUAUUGACAAUCCAUUCACCGCGCCGAAUCUGAAAGGUUUACCUUGUUUAAUACCGCUGAGAAUAAAAGUUCUUCCUUAAGGUCACGCAUUCCCAAAGUCAUAUUUUGAUAUUCGAGUUGCCUUUCUUUCCACUCAUUUAACCUAUAGAUAGACCAUGGAGUCUUAGACUUUCUCGUUCUUAAUCCAACAGUCUUCUCCCCCCCCCUCCCCCAAAACCAAACUUGCUGCAUCAUUUGCAAGAAAAUGUACUUCUUGUGUGACGUUAAGACGAUAAAUCAGAGUUUCUGACCUCCUGAAAUGUAUGCAUACACUCCGGAUUCUAAGCUAGAAAACGUAUAUUUACAAACAGAGAUUAGAACCUACAUAUUUACAAACAGAGAUUAGAACCUACAUAUUUACAAACAGAGACUAAAACCUGCAAAUUUACAAACAGAGAUUAGAACCUACAUAUUUACAAACAGAUUAUAACCUACACAUUUACAAACAGAGAUUAAAACCUACAUAUUUACAAACAGAGCUUAGAACCUACACAUUUACAAACAGAUUAUAACCUACACAUUUACAAACAGAGAUUAGAACCUACACAUUUACAAACAGAGAUUAGAACCGACAUAUUUACAAACAGAUUAUAACCUACAUAUUUACAAACAGAGAUUAGAACCUACAUAUUUACAAACAGAUUAUAACCUACAUAUUUACAAACAGAGACUAGAACCUACAUAUUUACAAACCGAGACUAGAACCUACAUAUUUACAAACAGACAUUAGAACCUACAUAUUUACAAACAGAUAUUAGAACCUGCUCAUUUACAAACGGAGCUUAGAACCUACACAUUUACAAACCGAGCUUAGAACCUACACAUUUACAAACCGAGCUUAGAACCUACAUAUUUACAAACAGAUAUUAGAACCUGCUCAUUUACAAACGGAGCUUAGAACCUACACAUUUACAAACCGAGCUUAGAACCUACCAAUUGACUUAUACAUGGUCGUGUUUUACUUAGUGGUUCUUUUUUUGUGUCCUUUUAUUUUGUAUAUGUCAGUUCUAUUUCCCUUUUUUUAAUGUAGUAUGAACGCAAUAUGUAACUCUUCCAAGCACGUGCUAAAACGUUCAAUGUGUGAGAUAAGACUUUGUUUUUUUACAUGUUUACUUCACAGCAGCAUUAGAAACGAACAGGUCACUAUUGUCUGAGUGAGAUUGACAAUUAAGAUUGCCACAGGCAUGUUUUGCUUUAGGGCCUCCAGCUUAUUCUCAUUCCUUUUUUUUUUUUUUUUUUAAGAGUCAAAGUUUAAUUUUUUGAAGCUCGGGACAUAGUUAACUAUUCACCCCCANAAAAAAAAAAAAAAAAAAAAAGAAAAAAAAUUGUCCCGUCCCCCCCCUUUCAUCCGCUGACACGCGUACUUUUUAUUUUUAGACACUCCUCCCCCUAUGCCUACCUACAAUGAGCUUUUGGAGCCACCCCACCCCAAAAAAUCAAUUUUUUUAUACCCAAUGACGUCACGGUCAUGGGUUUUCUCCGCAGCUAGGCGAGUCCAGUGGCUCGCAAAAUAUGCGCCGUCACCCUGGGGUGCAGCGUUGUCCAGUGGCGCGCAAAAUAUGCGCCGUCACCCUGGGGUGCAGCGUUGUCCAGUGGCUCGCAAAAUUUGCACCUUCACCCUGGGGUGCAGCGUUGUCCAGUGGCUCGCAAAAUAUGUGCCGUCACCCUGGGGUGCAGCGUUGUCCAGUGGCUCGCAAAAUUUGCACCGUCACCCUGGGGUGCAGCGUUGUCCAGUGGCUCGCAAAAUAUGUGCCGUCACCCUGGGGUGCAGCGUUGCCCUUGGGCAGAGCCAUGCGAAACUGCCAUCGUUGUUGCUGUUGUAGCUAUAAUGGGUCUUUAACACAAAAAAAAGUACACCCCAUCCCUUCAUGUGUACGUUGGCGGCAUUAUGUUGUACAAAUGUGCAGCGCUUCGUCCACGAAUCUUUCUACAGAAAGGUCAAUAAAUCUCUAAGAAGACAAAACUAGCUAUACAUUUUUUUGGUUGUCCAAUUUAAGGAAUGUUAUAUUUUUUCUUGUUUGGUCUUGUAGCAAUUCUCUCUUUGUUGACGUGCCGUUUCAGUUCAUUAUCUUCCAAAGCCUCUCUUUCUGCGCUCCUGGUGUGUACAUUUUGGCCGAAGUGUCUUUUCAGUUCCCUUAUGGAUUCAGUCUUGAUCAAAAUAUCCCAUUUUAGUGUGUGUGUGUGUGUGUUUUUUUUGUUUGUUUUUUUUGUUGGGGGCUAAUUAUAUGUACAAUGUUGACCAAUAUCCCACUGUUUAGAUUCAUCAUGUGUACAGUGUUGGCCAAAUCUCUCUGUUAAGUUUCCAUUUUAGAUAAAACCUUGGCCAAAGUCUCCCCGUUAAGGUCCACUGUGUGUUCAGUCUUGGACCAUUUCACACUAACGUACCUUUUGUAUUCAGUCCCAGGUCCCGCUUUCAGCACUAAAUGCCUGGUUAAGUGGUGGGCCGCGUGCUUUCUAUCACAACGGAAACGUAUUUUUGCGCGCGCCGAACCCUCGUGGCACUUGAAACCUUCCAGAAGCAGCUUGUCUUUCCGUCUGUUCUUGGUCUGUCUACAAGAGGUAGCUGGAAACCGGAAGCUGGGGUGGGAGUAGUUUUAUUACAUUGAUUAAUUUUUUUGGACUAAUUAGGAGGCUCGUGGUGUCCAAGGGCGUUAGUUUAAUUCUUGAUUUAAAAAAGUUGCAGUUUUUGUUUUAGACUUAGAAAAAGACGUAGACGUAGACUUUUUUAGAAAGAUUAGUCAGCAUGUUUUUGAUCGAUCCUUUUCUUGAGGAUUCUCGAAUCUAUAAAGUGAAUGGUCUUACAAACGUAGAUAUUUGACAUUUGUUUGGUCUUCACUAAACGAGUAACCGAUGUUCGCCGAUACAUUCUUUUGUGAUGUUAGUUCCCCGCUGCUGUCUGGUUUGUAAUUAAAUGGUAAUGAUGGUAGUCAAAGCAAAUGAAUAGGGCACGUUGGUCGAGAUUAUACAAUUGUGCAAUUAUGUUAAGGGCGACCCAUUUCUGUGUUAUUCCAGAUGUUCUUCUAAGAAGUGCGUGUCAACAUUUGUAAAAUCAAUUACAGUUACUAUUUUAGUGUAAAAUUUAAAGAAAUUUAAACAUGACAACUAACAUUAACAAAGAAACCCAGGAAAUGUCAAACUUAAGUCCAUAAUCAUUAUGUUUUUCCCUCUUUAUUACCACAGGACUUACAAGGUAUCGCCGUGGUUAUUCCCCAUCCGUAUUUAUACAUUUUAAAAUAAAAUAUAAGUAUCUUCAUCCAUUUGUAUGUAAUGUGAUUGGGACGUCAUACAUGUUGUUUUUUUAAAAAGUGAAAUCUCUUAAAACCUACAUCUGAUAUUAAGGGGUACUUUUUGUUUUUGUAACUUUGACCCUUCCCCAGAAACAAGAUCUGACUUAUCUUGAGAUUGUUUAAAAAAAUGAGUAAAACUGUUUAAGUCUGUACUGCACGUGGUUUCCAAGGGGGUGUAGGUGGGGCGCAAGAUGGACAGUUGAAAAUGUCCUUAAGGUGAGCACACCCAACGCGCUCUUUCUUGUACACUUUCAAUCCGUCCUAAUUAUUAAAUUACCGCUAUUCCACAUUCUUCCCCUUUUAAAAAAACCACCUACCACUACUCGGCACCGUCAUCUAAAUUAGUUUACUGCGGCUUAUAUAUUUCAACUGUCCACAGCAAAACGAACUCAGACCUCCGAGCUCCUGUUUAUGUCUUGUUUACCCAAAAAUGUUAGUCAUUAAAAAAUAUUUAUCUCACGCUCGAUUUGCUUUUUUUUUUUUUUUAAGUAUGACAAAUAAACUUUGUGAUGUCAUUUUCAGUUUUUUUAAAGAAAAAGAAUUACAUUUUUUCAGAGUUUUCCAGUCUUAAUUAAUGAAUUCAUAAAUGUUAUCUUUUUUUUUUCCGACGUGACAGACUUAGUUAUGAAUUUCCGCCCGCAAAGGUAUCCAUGGAUAGAAGGAAGGGUAUAGAGAUAUAGGUCGCGUCAACGUACUUGCCGAAACUGGGUUUCUGCCUGCCGUGGUCGCUGAGUCUGCUGGCGAACGUGGAGAAGCAAGUGUUUCUAAGUGUCAAGGCUUUACCACUUUUUAAUGGCAGUGCCAGGUAAACCGUAGAAACGAUAAUCCAAACAUAUCGCAUUUGACAGCUUGCCUAAUUAGGCGUGGAAAGUUCUUCAUCUCACACUUGACACCAAAAGAAAUAGUUCGUAAGCAAUAGGCCCCGCCAACCCACCCCGUCACAUUUUUUCCGUUUUAUUCUUAAGUUGAAACUUUGUGCUCAAUACUUCUGGAUGUUAUUGCAAACCAUCUGGUAUGAUAGAUCAUUAGUUCUCAACUUUUCUCUGGCCAUUGACCAAAAUAUUACCAAUGGUCAUAGAGGAUUGGUUCUCAAACUUUCUGGCCAUUGGCCCAGACAUAACCAAUGACCAUAAAACAUUCGUCCCCAACAUAUCUCUGGCCUUUGAUCCAAUCCUAACCAUUUAUCGUACAAGAUAAUUUUGUUUUCAGGCUUUGUCAGGCCAUUAGUUAUCCCAAACUAUAAAAAUUUUAUCUAAGAGAUUUGUUUGGGGAGCCGACAAGCAGAGCAGUUAAAUACUGUGAAAAAUAUUCUAUUAGUGCAAUACAGAAAUAUUACACUAGGAUUCUCAACAUUGGAAUAUACUUUCUAGAAACUGACCUAUUUGCGAAACCACAUGCGUUUUUCUUAUUUUUUGUUUACUUCUUUGUCCUAAAGCCUUGCCAGCUGAAUGCUAACAUCAAUCUUUGUCAACGAUUGACUCGCAAAUUUGUGUUUGGGGUUUAAAUUAAUUGGCCGUGGUCCGAUCACGCUGAUCUUUUCUUCAUACAGCAAUUUCAACUUUUUUUUAAAUCCCAUUUCAAGAUUAUUUUGGUGUCAUUUUUGCAGUAGUCUUUUGCUUGAUCCACCAGAAAAGAGAGAUUGUAUGAAUUGACCAAAAAGUCAAUUAUGUUUAUUUAAACCGGUACUUAAUCUUAUCCAUUGCAAAACUCUUUUAGCAUGCGACUCAGUGGCAUUGUAGUUAUCUACUUAACCAUGCAUCUUAAUGGAGCAUAACUAAUAUACCAAUUCAAAUCAGUCAAUUCAAUCCCACCAGUUGCAGUCUUCUAAACCAUACAUUUUUUCGGCGACGUCAUUUUCAAAUGUAAAACUUUAUUUGGUACCGUGAAGAAUAAACCUUCCAAAAGUUUUGUUUAAACAAGAUUUUGUAUAGUUUUAACGGUUGGCUGUUUGUAUUACCACAUUGUUUGUAUGUUUGGAACUUGAGGAUGUUUAAAAAUAAAAUAAUUGAAGAAAUCGUACCCAACAUCUGCUUUCGAAGGCGCUUAUUUCGUUAGUGGCCGACCAUUAAUUACGUCAGCAAAUAAGAGGUUUUUUUUUUUUUGGGGGGGGGGUGUGAAAAGAGGGAAGGGGAAGUGAAAGAAAAUUGACGUCAACAGUUCUAUUCUUCUUUUAUAAAUUAUAAUUUUAACAAAAAAUUAAAACCAUAAAUUGACCUACAUAGUUUGUUGCAAAAUACGUGUCUUCUAAUGGCUAUAAAACUAUUAUAAUUUCAAUUCUGGCCCAGAUCAUCAGCAAUGUGUUGUUUGGCGGGACUAAGAACUAUCCAUCUGCUCCCCAACAACAACAACUGUGGAUUGACCACCAGACACAGAGAGAGAGAGGGGGUAGUGACCAUGACAGCACACAUAUACAAUUUGGUGAUAUUUGUCUUGGUGUCUGCCAGGUUCUAUAAUAAUAGAAACAUGUGGGUUCUCAACGUCAAGAUGAACACACACACACAAUAGCGUUAUAACAAUAAUAUUUAGAUAGUAUCGAUGCUGCCAUGGACUCUAGAAAUUGACUUUACAUGUUGCUAAUUUAAACAAAUAGGUUUUUAAAAUGCAAUACAUUUCUUUCUCUCUGCCGAUUUCUAUGGUUUUAAGAAUUCAAAAAGAUCCGUAAUUAGUGAUUUUUAUUUUCCUGCAUUUUUUGCCUGCUCAGAGCUGACAUUUUUGGGGAUUUCUGACAUAAUUAGGUGGGUCCUAUAAAGUUCUACUAUUUGCAUAACUAGGGAUUGACAUAAUUAAUUUUACUCGUUAGUUACAAAAUAAAAUCUCAAACAUAAUAUACUGAUGACGCUUUUUUCAAACAUCUUUUGGUGUGUUUUUUUAUUGUUGAUUUUAAUAAUUGUUAUCAAUAUUCAGCGUGAGAAGCCCUGAUAAGUGUCUUAUCAUAUGAUUAUCAUUGGUGUGAGGAUAGAGUUGAUAAGGAGUGGCACUCAUGGAGGGCUGGAAUGUUUACUUUGAUCAAAUGCAUUCAGAGGCGGUGGUCUUUUUGGCAAUGGUGUGUCGAGUUGGGCUGGUUGGGUGGGGAAAGGGGGGGGGGGUAUGGGAGCUUCUUUCUUUCGUUGCAGUCCAUAAUGGGUUCAUGGUGAAAUUUAGGUUAAUAGAUGGGGAAAUUAGUUUUUUUUUUGUUUUCAAGGAGUGGGGGAAAAGGGUGGGGGUUGAAAUUAUAACGGUAUGAUCGGAUCGUGUGGUAUGUUCCUGGCAAGCAACACAAGGUGCACACUGGCUUAACUAAUGUUGGUGAUUACCAUCAGGUGAUUCAUCAUCAAUCGUUUCCUUUACAUUUUCACAACUUUUCUUUGGGCAGGGGGUGAUACCUUAUUUGAACGCUAAAGUGAAGAGCGUGCCACAUAUAUUGGUUUCAUUUUUAAACUUUCAACAGGACGGUACUUUAUUUUGAUCAAAGAAACUGGAGCUGAAGGUUGAAACGGAUAUUCUGAAACAUAUUUCCCAGAGUUGAAAUCUAAAUAACUUUUUUCCCCGAAUCUAUAAAAAGUAGAUAUUCUAAAGAAUAUUUAGUUAAAAUAAGAAAGCGUUCCUCCACUCGCCGGGGUUAUUGGACCUACAGUGAAUACCUACCAGUAAGCCCUGUUGGUAUACGCUUGCCUUGAUUUUAAAAAAAAGAUGUUCCUACCCUAAGACACAACACUAAUGUAUAGCUUUCAAUACUAGCCAAGAUUGAUUUUCAGACACAUCCGAUCGUGGGAUGAAAUUGCAAACAUAGAAAAUAAAAGAUACAAAAUAAUAUAAGAGGCCAACCUCCCUCUAGAAAGUUGCAAACUUAUUGAUUUAAAAUGAAACUCCCCGGUUUUGUUUAGUUGUUGUCUAUUUUUCUAUUUACACGUGUUUUCCACAACUUUUUUUUUUUCUCUUUCGUAAGCGUCCCCUGUAACUAACGUGGCCCCGUACAUAUCAGCUUUGUAAACCUCCGCAAAGGAUUUAAAUAGUUUUAUGGGAAAACAUCUUAAUUUAAAGCUAAAAAAUGUAUGCGUGUAGUGUUGUUUUGGCCAGUCGCUAUAAAGAACUGUUUCGUGCCAUAGCGAACAAAAUAAAAAAAAAACUCCAGUCAAAUACUAGGCCUCCAAUGUUUAGGCCAAGAGCAGGAAAAAUAAAAAAAGGUUGAUUACAAGGUGGUGGGAGGCAAAAGACGACUCACAUUUCUUCUACUAAACAGUCGUGUUAAAUCAAUAAAUUAUUGGAUUUCUCUCAAUUUGAAAGAGCUGCCGAUCGUUCCACGAUUUCGCCCCCAAUCACAAACAAAUGCAUUGCUGGCAUUCCGCGCGGCUCUCUGUCUGGAAUGCUCGUAGUCCCCGUACCCACUGCCACUUGUUUUCAUAGGUUAUUUAUCUCAUCUUUGAACUUGAUGAUUCAUUGAAAAGGGAUAAAAAAAGAAGAAGAAAGAAAAAACCUAAGUAGGUUUGAGAGGUGGGGGGGGAGUGGGCGGGUAAAGCUUUAGUGACGCUACUUCAAACGUCACGUAUUUUGAUUGAGUUAAUUCAUCGCUUUUAUCGAUCUGAGAAAUAGUUCUGAUUCCCUUCUCUUACGGCGCAUACUUAGCUGCAUGUUACCGUCUUCUUAGCAUUUCAUGGGAUAGUUAAACGGCAGGUGAGAGUUAUGCUUUUGACAUCCAUGCCAGAUAAAGUGAUGACUUUCAUACGUGCCUUCCCCCCCCCCCCCCCUCCCCCGUCAUUUACCGCCGAAACAUUUUUUUUUGUUUUUUUUUUGGAAAGACCAAAUAUUAAAUUCUUUGUUUUUAAAGUCCUUAUUUUUAUAGUGGUGGGAUUAUUUUGGCAAUAUUAAUUUAGCUUUUAAACUCUGGUGGACAAUCUGGUAUAGUUUGGGUUGUUGUUGUUCACUCUUUUAUGAGGCUGUCAGUAGGAAGGGUCUCACCUUCCUUAGAGCAAAGCAAACGUUUUUGUCCUUUACAUAGGCUUAAUACAUUUUGUUAAUUAACAAACAAAUUCAGCUUAUAAAUUUUCAUUUCACUUUACAUGAACCAAACAAAAAAAGACUAUAUACUCUCUUUGUAUUUGAGGAAUCAAUUUAAUUGAAAGAAGAGUAAAUUUAAAAAUCUACGAAAUUGUGCUUUACGUAUAUAGAAUUAUAAGCCAGUUAUUUUAGGCACUAAAUUUUUUUUAAUAGUAUCAUCCGCAAGAGAAGAUUGUUUUUUUUUUAUUUCUUUUUGCAGAAUUUUAGCAGCCUGUUCAUUUCAGCUUUCUCUCACAAGAGAACUGCCUGUCCAACCAGAUCCAAGAGAUGCCAUAAUUCAGGGUGCUAAAGAUAUUCUUGUGACUUACCACCUUUUCAGUUGGGAACUAUAGCAGCAAUCUUGGGAAUUUAUUGUGUAGAAAAGGAGAAACAUCGGUUCCAGGCCAACUAUAGCGUGAGAGUCCCAUUGUCACUCUUCACAAAAUGGUCCUAUAUUGUUGGACAUACUGGCAGUUAAGGAUUUUAGGAAUCUAUUUACAUAUGUUCCGAGUUAAAGUUUAACAUAUCAUAUGUGGUUUCAUGGUGCUAAAAAGUAUUUGUUUGAAUUUAUUUCUUCAUGCUGAAAACUGGAACUGUGUUAUGCAGACCUGAGUGGACUUUGACAUUCCAACAUACCUGAAACAUUGGCCUUUGUGGAUUGAUAAUUUGAAUAAUAUUUAUUACCAAGAUUUGAUAACUUAAUGUCAUUUUUUAUCUUUUUAGCGGUAUGGAUAAAAUUGUCUUCCCUUAAUAGGACAUAAUCUAUUUGAAUUAUAUUUUACCUUACUCAACUUUCUCUGAAAUCAUGGUGCAUAAGCCUAUUUUUACAUUUGACUAUAUACUUUUAGAAGAAUCUUGAUGUUGCAAAUUUCUAUUUAUAAGUCUACCUCCACAAAGUUGUAUCUUCUUAAAUUUGAUUUGUGUCAUUUAUGUAUAGAUUUUACUUAUGCAUUUUUUUAUCACUAUUUUUUUUUCUCCAUUAUUUGCAAAUAUAUAAUUAUCAAUUGAGUACUUUCAUAAAAGUAAAUUUAGACAUUAUAAUAGAAAUGCAUUAAUCUGCUUCCUUUAGAAAGGAGCUUUACAUGCCAAAAACCUCAUAUAAUUUUUUUAAUUUUAAAACUUUGGUUCAUGAUCACCUACCGUCUUCUUCUACUGAGUUCAAUGACUAACAUUACCAUGGAAACAUUUUUAGCUGAUCCAGUCCCAACAAAUUGUAAAUGCAUUAAUAGCACUCUUUGAACUCCUCAAUUACAGAAUUCUAGCCGAGUUUGCCUUCAAUCUCUCAAUGAAUUGGGAACUCCCGAAGAAGAAGUUCCGCCGCCGCAAUGAUUUGCGAGAAGGUGUCUGUGAUAUGUUAAUCCAGCACCACCUAUUUAGCUGGGAUCUCUAACGUGAAGUAAUCUUAAUUUUGCUCCCACCUUUGUAACUGUCAGUUUAUCGGAAGGGCACUUUCAAAUAUUUUACCACAUGGUGAUUGGACUGAGAAUCACUCUUAGGAAAUAAUGGUUUGGCUUUAAAAAGUAUUAUUGAGAAAUGAAGUAGUAUUAUCAUAUAGUGUACUUAUUCUAAGCACACUGGUAUAUUAGGAAUAACAGUUCUUUGCCACAGGGCUGAAAUUCAAUAGAUAUUGAUAAAAGAACAUUUUGGUAAUUAUUUAUCAUGGAUUUAAUAUUAAAACAUAUCUUGUUGUUAUUUUUUUUCAUAUUGGAGAUUUCAAAUUAUUUUUAAUUAUAAUGAAAUAAAUUGAAUUUCUUUUUAGUCUGCUGCAGUGUUUUCCGUACAUCAAAAAUAAAUACAACAUAAUGUUUCUUUGGUAGCAUCAACUUAAAGAAAAAACUAAAUUAUCAAGAUUAUGCAAUGAUGAAUUUUUAUUGUAUAAUAAAUUAUAAAAUAAUAGUUCCGCAACCCAUACGCUGAGUACAGUACUUAUUUCUUUGGUUAAAUUAAAGCUCUGAUUGACACUAUUUGCUCUGAUCAUGCAUGAUCUUGGUCUUUAUUCUGUUUGAAAUAUUCAUAUACCAACUGUCAAAUAUUUCAAAUUGCCCUUCUGACUGUGGAUUAUUAAGGGAUUAGAUAUCUGAGGGCACAGUGCCCCUACACCAGGGGUUAAACUUGGUGAUGGAUCUGGAUGAAUCCGCCCUUUACUGUCCAACAUGUUGUAGCUCUAAACUUGGUGAUGGCUUUUGGGAACUGUUUUUCAGGUUGAUUUUUUUUGUGUGAAUCCAUUGUCUGGAUCAUUGACUUGAUUAAUCCUGGGUGCUGCUUGUGCUGGUGGUAUAUUGAAAUCAUCUCAUAACAAGUAUUAAGUGUUGGGUUUUGUUUUUGGUUGUAGUUCAAACUGAAAAUUAAUGUUUCACGCACUGGACUUUGUGAAAUGUAUAGUUUUAUUAUGCUACCAGUUACAACACACACUAAUACCACACUCGAAAACUGUUUAGAGCUAUUCCUUUUCAUUUAAUUUAGUUGUCUGAAUUUUUACAGAUCUCCUCUAAUUAAAAAGGUCUUGUAUAAAUGUGGCAGUUUCUUUGAAUUUUAUAUUUUUAAAACUUUCAUUUAAUGAAGCCAUUUGUUAUAUAAUUCAAAUGUCAAGUGAGAAAUUAUUUAUGACUUGCUUAAUUUUUUUUAACUGUAGUAAAUUUUGAUUAGUUAAUUUUAUGUUUUAAAAAAUAUAUAUUUUUUUUGUCUGCAAAAUAAUUAUUUAAUAAUCCAUUGAUACUUAUAGCCACUUCCCACUAAAACGCCGUUUAUUUUUAAUUUUUAAUAGAGAUUUCAAAAUACACAUUUUGAUAUCUUGAUCGCUGGCUAGACCUGAGCAAUAUUUAUGGAAAAAAACUUCAUUUAAAAAGCAUUACAACUAGUUACAUUUAACUUCACUUUAAUUUCAAUCAUGCCAUGUUAGAAAACCCUGCGAUAAUCCGAGGUGUUUAAAAAAGUUAUUCCAACUCCAUGUUAUCUGUUGUGUUAUUGGUGUCAAGUAAAUCUUGCAGCAACAACUCGGCGUUGAGGUAAAGCCUCUCAUUUUCAUUCUAUGUUAUCUUAGUGCAUGGUUUCAGCUUUCAAUGUAGUUAGUGUAAACAUCAUGUUUCAGAGUUGAACUCUUCUACACUACCUUGUAACAUUUGGGUUGUCUCACAGUAGUUUUUCUGUUAUCCUCAUGUAUUUAUAGAGAUCACCUUAUCCAAAAAGGAAGGGAUUCCUAUAAGUGUGGUGGCUUUUUGUGACAUGUUCACCGCUUUGUUGCACAAUUAUAAGCACUAAAACACUUUUUAAAUCAAGACAUCAGUUGUAUUAUAUUUUAUAUUGUUACAACUUAUCUGCAUGACUUCAUCACACCUUCACAAUGUAAAUAAUGAUCUAUGUGAAUAAUCAUUGGAUCUAAAUUAGUUGGAAAGAUACAGUUAACUUCAUACAUGUUUAAGUUUUCACAAGGUAUGGUACAAACCAAAAAUAAUAUUUUAGAUUUAUUUUAAAGAUGAGACAUUCAUAUGUUUCUGUUUCCUUUACAGAAAGUUAUCCUGUAUAUAUAGAAAAAUAGAGACCUCGUUUUAGAAGAAAAUGAAUUUGAAUUGUUUUGUGCAAAAAAUCCAGGGGAGGCUGCAUUAAAGUUUUAUUAAAGAAAAUAAAUAGCACAUGAUCUAGGAAAUCAAACAGAGCAUAACAUUACAUUUAAAAUGAAAAGAAAGAGAUAAAGAAAGACACACAAAAAUUAAAGCAUCCAAUUUUUGUGCCGAAGACGGCUUCAGUCUUAUUGGCUUAGUUUGUUCUUGUCCAUAGCAUAAAAAUUGAUGGGGGAAAAAAGAAAAAUGUUACAAUUUUUGCUGUUAAUUUUUACAAUUAAUUGAACAUAUGUAACUUUAAAAACAUACUUUAGUGUUUCACUCAUGUAUAACCCCCAUGUCUUGCCCAUCCUGGACAUUGCAGACUCCUUAGUCAGUUCUCCUUCAGCUUGUCCAGAGACUGGGAACUGCCAAGGCAAAUGGACUCCUUCAGACCUUUCAAGGAAGGUGUCAAGGACAUGCUGGUGAAACAUCAUCUCUUUAGCUGGGAUUUGUAAGUACAACUGGGCUGUAACAAGAAGAAAGAGGUGUUCAUUUUUUUAAAGAGAACGAAAUAAAAGGCGUGGGAAUCAGUGGUUUAAUUGUAGCUACCACUUGUGAAUCCAACACCCCUAUGUGGAAUAGCUUUUUUUCUUCGUAUUACAUGAUUUUUCAAUCAUUUUUUUUAACCAGUUGAAUAGAUCAUUUUGUUAUAAAACCAUAACCAUAAAAAACUAUUUUUUUCUCUCCAUUAUUUCUGUUUCGAACUAUGUACUUUUGUAAGUGUACCUAAUGGAUGCACAAAUUGUAAUUAACUUUUUGGAUUCAUCACUAUAUUAAUUUAUUUGCAUCAUUUUAUUUCUCAGUAAAUGAAAUGGUAUUUAAAACCUGCUUUUAUUACUUCUGAUUAACAACUCUAAGAAACUAUUUCAAGUGAUUUCUUUUGGCAAUCCCUGCGCUUAAAAAGAUAACAAAAAAGAAAAAAACAAAACACAUGUAUAAAUAAGAAUGUACACUAUUCUUGUAUCAAUGUUUUGGUUUUAUGGUUUCCUUAUGUCAACUGGCACAACUCAAACUGACACACACACACAAACACACCUUUUGCAGCUACUUGUAUACUAUUUAAUAAAUUUGUUUUUAUAAAACUGCUGGUUGCCCUGCACUGUCACUUCAAUUUACAAGAAAAUAUCAAAUCUCAAACUGCAACAUUUUAAGCACCUAUGAAAGAUAUCAAGUUUUCUUUAUAAUGUAAGAUCUAAUUCAGUUCUCUCUGUAUGUAAUAGACAGCUCAUAGUGCCUGUCACAGCAUUGUGUAAAGCUAGUCAAACAAGCUGUCUUAUGGUCUUUUCAUGUCAAGUCAAUUUCAUCUCAUGUUUUACAAACAAAGAAACACCAAAACCUUGAAAGUGAAAGGCAUCCUUGUAUAAUUUAAUCCAAUGACACAAACUUUAGUUAUAGUAUAGUUAAAUAUCAUGAUAUCUUUCUGAAGUAAAAUAUUUUACCAAGAAGCCUUCUGGUGAUUAUAUUAACUAUUUAUUUAACUAUAGGUUGAUAGGAAUAACAAACCCCAUAUAAAUAAUCAAGAAGUAGACAAAUAAAAUUUAAAAGUCACCUGAAUAUAAUGCACAAGGCCCUAGCUUGAAAACACCUUUAAUAAAUAGCUUUACAGAAUUGUAACACAUGUUUGGAAACCUGUUUUGUGUGGGUUCAGUAAAUUGCUUGUAGGUAUACACUGCUGGUUUUAAAGUAUUCCAGUUCCACUAUAAUGUUCACGUAUAGCGAUCAAUUUUAAAAGAUGAUAUAAUGGAAAUUCAUCUAUAUAACACGCUAACCAAGUUAUUGUAAAAUGUUAUUGAGCCACUGUUCUUGUCAUGUGUGCUUGUUAACAAAACCAACAGAACUAUUGCUAUUGUUUUCAUUAAGUGCAAUAUUUUUUUAUCUGGUUGUUAUCAAAUUGAAUUCGUGUGAUUAGAUGGUGGUAUUAGAAAUUAUUAGAAAUAGCUUAAUUAUUUUUAGCAGCUCUAACGUUAACUUUCCCAUGAUAAAAGUUUGUUCAUAAGAGAUAUUAAAGGGGUGUAUUUUUUUUAGGUUUUUAAUGAAGGACAGAGUUGGACUGUGGGAAGUAAUGGUCAAAAUGCCAAGGAUACACACUAGUUGACCAUUGCUAUACAUGCUAUAAAGAUCUCUUCAUACUAUAUUGUUAAAAUGGUUUUGGUGUUGUGUCCAUGACCAAUCCUGAAUGUGAAUCUUAAUUUAUCUAAAUUAGAUCUUUAUACUGAUAAUUUUAUUGCUGUUGUUUCUUAAUUCCUUGCAUUUAGAACUAUUUUCUGUUGUAAUUUUAGUGACAAUGUGUUACCUAUGUUUUAUAGUAGGGCUGUACUGUGAUAUGAUGACAGAAAAUAUUUCAAUUAAUUAUUAUAUGUAUAAUAGAAACUUUUAAAAUGUGAUCAGCAAUUAAUUAUAAAAUGUAUAAUAGAUACUUGUAAAACGUGAUGAAAUUUGACUUUGAAGUUGUAAUUGCUCUAAAUAAAAGAUAAGAGGCUUCAAGGGUUUAAAUCAUCUAGUCAUUGGAGACAAAUGUAUCUAGUUCAAUAUGGCUAUCAGCGUGUUUCUUUCAUGACUUGUUAAUACUAAAGCUCAUCUUAUUGUGUCUGCCACUCAUCUUAUUGUGUCUGUCAUGAUGACUUGUUAAUACUAAAACUCAUCUUAUUGUGUCUCACUCAUCUUAUUGUGUCUGUCACUCCACGUAUUGUGUCUGUCACUCCGCGUAUUGUGUCUGUCAUGACUUGUUAAUACUAAAACUCAUCUUAUUGUGUCUCACUCAUCUGAUUGUGUCUGUCACUCCACGUAUUGUGUCUGUCAUGACUUGUUAAUACUAAAACUCAUCUUAUUUUGCCUGUCACUUAAAACAGUUUUCACCUUGUAAAAUAUAUCUAUACAUUUUACUGUGGUGAAUAACAAGGGAAAACUGGGGUACAGCAUCUUUACUGGUUUACUUCACCCGACCACCGUCUCACGAAAUUUAAAUGUGUCUUAUUUAACCUUAGUACAUUAUGUGUGUAUCUCAACAAAUAGAUUUUGAGUGCCGCCAUAGUCUUCAGUAUAUGACCAUACAGGUAUUGUACCCAGCAUUUACUUUGUUUGCUUUGACUUUGACAUAUUUUCAAUAAGAUCCAUCGCAGAGUUUGUUCUCUGUUGCCUUGUUAGAGCAAGGAACUAUUCGGAUAAAUAAUGAAAUGAACUUAAAUUGAGUCAUUUGGGGAAAGUGAAUUAAAAUGUGAAAACAGCUUGUUUUCAUUGGUUGAAAUAAGGGCCAAUCAUUUGUGCAAUUACAGGUGACAGUUUAUUAUUGUUUGAAAUCAACAACAAAUUAAAAUGUACUCAUUGUCUGAUUCUUCAAACUGGGUACACCGGAAAAAAUGUGUUAUUUUCAAUGUUAUAAUGAAUUAUGACAUAAUUGGCCUCCAUUUGUGCUUCACACAGAUCACAACAUUAAAGACAGCAUUAGCUAUCAUUAUAUUUAGCUCCCUCUGGUGGCUCUUUUCAUCCACAUUUAAAACACAAAUAGAAUGCUUAUAUUUUUACUGGUGGCAUCUGUUUAACUUUAGAUAUAUACCUGGAGAGAGUUUGAUUGUUUUCCCACAGUUAUCUAGUCACGGUAAUAAUAUUUACUACUAUUUAUUUUAGCAGUAGUCUGCUCAUAAUGGACUUUCCGCUAUAAUUGGGUCCCAAAUUGUGCUGCUAAUAUUACUGAAACCUAGACUUCCUUUAUAUAUGGCAGCUGAAGAGGACAUGUCCUUAAACAGCAUCUCGGUUGUCUACAGAAAGUGCAUCAAGCACAGAUCCAUGUAAUACCAUGCCUUCCUGAGAUGGCUCAGUAAAACACACACUGAAUCUCAGUUGGUCACCUUGCCAACUUUCCUUACAGAUAUAAAUUAUCAUAUUGUAUAUUGAUUUAGAUAACCUUCAGCAAGAGAUUAAAUGUUUUGAGGAAUUUCAGGAGCUCAUUGAAAAAGGACGCUGACGUGUUUUCCCUUUGAGUGUCCUAACAGGUUCUGAAGGCAUCUGUAAAUUUCUUCAAGUGUUUUAAAGUUACUUCAAAUUUCUAUCUUACCCUGAAUAAAAAUACUUUUUUGAAAAAUUAGGUUGUUCUGCAAAGUUAUAAUUUGAGUGCAAUUUUAAAAAAAAUUUGAAACCAUGUGGAAAUGAGAGUAUAGUGGUCUCCCUUUUUUAAAUAUUUAUACCAGAAAUACAACUUGAUCUAUUUUAUUUUGAGGUUAAAUAAAACAAUAUAAUUCAUUUUUUAAAGACGUUUUUCUAAAAAGUAUACCGUACUAAAAAGUAUAAAAUAAAUUUCCCCCAAAGCUUUACACUUGUUAUUCAUAGGACUAAAAGGGCGUGGGGCGCCCAUGAAAUAAAAAGUAAGUUUACUGGACAUGAGGAAGUGGGUCAAAAUUGAGUUGCAAGAUUCCACCAAAAACAAACAAACAAACGAACAGAGCAACCUAAGAAAAAACGUAGGUACUAUUUUGUUUUGCUGAUAUAUUGUAUGAUAAUGUUAGUUCUAUUGAACUUUUGUUCUAUUUCAUUCCUAUAACACAUUAUUAACAGUACAAUGUAAUUUCCAUUCCAGUGUUCCAGAUUUAUUUUUUGUCAUUCGGCUGUGAGCAAUUAAUUUCAACCAAACUAGUUUUAUAUCUACGCAUAUUUAUUGAAAAAAAAGAAAUUUAUAUAGUUCGGUGUUUAAUUUUGUCAUAUGUACUUUUGUUGUUUUUCAUUUGUCGGUUUUUGUUUGUUUGUUUUUUUGUUUUUUUUUUGUUGUUCUUUUUUGUUUUUGUGUUGGUUUUUUUGUUUUGGCAAUUGUACAACAUUCCUUUUGUAGUGUUCACUCCCUUGGUGGUUAAUUCAAUUGUGAAGAGAACAAAGGGAAACUAAUGUGUUGUGUCAACAUGUACAAGAGGUAUUCUACAUCUCCUGGAUAUCUUUCAUUAAAAAGUAAAAGUUCAUGGAAAGCGUGUAUAAUAAAUUAGGCAGUUACCCAUCAGUCAAGUGUAUGCAUAAUUACUCUAUUGCUUUCUUAAGGUUGACAUAUGUUUAUUGAUGUUGUUUGAAAUCUGACAAUUUUCUGUAAUGUUAUAAUAUAUUUGAACGGGGAAAAAAAAUGAUGUAAAUGUGUAAGUUUAAAAUGUUGUUAACAUAAUUAUUGUGGUAAAUUUUUUUUGUGUGCA